AUGGACUCUGUCUCUCAGAACCUGCGGAGUAAGAUGUUCUUCACUUAACUGUAACAUCAACGUUUGUUUUUUUAUCUAUGUGGUAGUUUGAAGUUAUGAGGCAAGAAAGAGGAUGAUCCGUCAUUGUCUCCUGUGGUGUUUUUGCAUGUUUUGAUGUAGAUAACAAAUGCUCUCUUCAAACAGAUGAAGGCUUUUCUAACAGCCCUGUCUAACAUCCUUGCUAUACAAAGGUUACAGUUAUCUGAUUUAUUUCCUGUUUUAGAGAGAUCAGAUUUUAGUUACACUUUUUUAAACAUUUUGUAUUUUCCUGGAAAGUAUCUAUUUCUCAUUUCUCUCUCUCUUUUUUUAAAAUGAUCUCAGCUUAAUGUGAAAACAACAGUACUAUGUGUAGUAUGUGUAGUUUAGGUACCAAUGUUGAGGAAGUUGAAACGAAAGCAGUCACGUUCUUACCUGAAAGAUGUCUUUAAAAUCUUUCCUUUAAGGUAUAUUGAAUAUUAUCCUUAAAUCAAGUUCCACCUUCUUUAGCCCAGCUUCACCUCACAUAAUCUUGUGUUGACCCUAAAUGUUCAAGUUGUGUGCAGAUAUUGUAAUUUAGACAGGCCACGAUAACAUGAACAGACUUUCUUUCUGUGAGCAGAUCAGAUCACAGAGCUGCUGAAGCCUCACAGAGUCUGUCUGGUGGUACCCGUUGUUCUGAACUCCAGUCAGCCAUGUGGGAGAUCAACCAACAGGUUUGUGGUGAGUAGAUGAUAAGCGUUGACAUUACUUUAUUUCUUUUGAUUUGAUCUAACUUCAUUUUUCUCAGGAAAAUGCAGUUUAAAGACCCUUUAUUACACCUGCACUACUUCCUAGUCUGUUUAACUUAUUCAAUGUCACUUAACCACCAAGUAACCACAUAGUAAUUAAAGCAUAAUGACCCCAGCACAACUUUCCCUCAAGUUGUAACAUGUAAAGCCUUAUUUCACCUGCAGGGGGCGCUGAAGGCCUGUUGGAAUAAUACUGUAUUGCCCUACUAUUUUGUUUCUCAUCGUUUGCAGGUGCUGAGCCUGUGGCGAGGUUACCUGGUCAUAAACAAGCAACCUGUCAGGGUAAAUGAACCUCAACAACAUACUUAUUAAUUAAACUCUUAUUUUUGAUUGUUUGUUUUUACCUUUGAUGACAUGUGCAUAGGAAGUGAGAUGGAUUUUAUAAAACUGUCCAAGUUGUGUGUACAGGUGGAGAGCACUUUUAGCUACCUCGAGGUUUGCUCCAUCAACAUCCACAGUCUCACAGAGGUAAUUAGUUUAUAUUAUUGUCAUAAGUGUUCUUUUCUACAGUUUUUUUAAGCCAGCAUAUAUUUAAAAAAUCCCAUUUUUUAUUCCAUUGCCAUUUAGAAUGAGCAAGAUAAAUAAAGAUGUAUUACUGUAAGAUUAAAUGUUUGUUAAAUGUUCAUACUGUAACAUUAGGAGUAGCCUAAUCAUUAUGUCUUUUAAAUUGUUUGUCUUGCAGCUUGUGCUGGAACUAGACAGGCAGGUCUUGUCUUUCCAUGUCUUGCACACUGAAGAUCUGGAGGCAAUAGUCAGUCACAUGACUGCCUCACUAAAGAGGAUCUUUCCUGAUUCGUCUCCUCUGUGAGUCUCUUCUUACCACCUGUUGCACCUCUAAGUCAAAUAUAUAGGACUGAAUACACACCUGUGUUUACACACCUAAAUAACUAAUACUCCACACACAGAGUUUAAAUGUCUCUGUAAAUAAUGCAUCUGCUCUUUUAGUAUUAUUUUAACAUGUAAAAUCUUACAAUGACUUGAUUAACUGUAAGGACAGAAUGUAACCUCAAACAUUUGCAGAAGCCAGAUACAGCAAGAAAAAGAUUCUUCUGAGCUGUCGUCUUUCCAUUACCCGAAAGUACUCUUACAUUGUGGAGUUCAAUUUCUCUUUCUCAGAUGAUGAGUUUUUAAUACUAACUAGCAAAUGUAGGCUAUGGGUUAGUGUUAGGGAUAAUACAGGUAUGAUGUAACAGGAAUUCACGGAUCAAUGCUGCUUUGAUAGGAAUUUAAAAGUAUCUCAGAAAUAGCCUUUUGGAUAUUACUCAAAAAGAAAGGCUACAGGAAAAGUAACAACAGAGACGUGUUAUUUUUUAUUAUUAUUUUUUUUUUACUAUUUCCCGUUCUCGAAAAAAAAUGGAAAAACUAUUACUUAAGUAUCUUGUCAUUAAAAAUAUUGUAAUGUUUAAAAGGGCUAUACACACUCUUCAAGAAAAGUAUGAAGAAAAAAAUUCUGAAUUCACCACCUUGAAUGUACUUGAUGAAUGAGGAGUUAUUGAAUGCAUCAUGAAAUCCCAACAGUCAACAGUUUAGUUAUUUAGUUGUUAGCAAAGAAAUUAUAUUCACUGAGCUCUCAAAAGGAGCAUCUGAUUAAAGUCCCACUCCGAUCGUUUUUCUUUUUUGUUUUGUUUUGUUUUGUUUUAACUAAAAGUGUUCUUGGUGGUCUUUGAAUUGAGUUUUUUUUUUUUUUUAACCAAAAAUGUUUGUUGUGGGCGGAGACAGUGCUGCUCUGCACACUCCUCUUCACGCUAGCUGAUAGCCUAACAUUUCCUGUGCAGCAGAAGUGGCAGGUAUCAUAGGAGAUAUUCAGCUCUCAGACACUAAUGUCUUUAGGGACUAAUAUCUAAUAGCUAAUAUCUUUAGCUAAUAUCAUAAUUAGCUUUCUUAGGAGCAUUGCAAUCCGCUAACACACAUGCUUGUUCCGCUAUCGUCCUCUGUAUUCCUCCUCUAUAUGUGUGAGUGUGGCCUGCAUAGCGGACUACAGGGGCGGAGCUUGGAUUGGUUACAUAUGAAAUCUCACUGUUUCUGAACCUGCACAUGGGUCUGCCAGAGAUUUACAGUGAUUUGAAUGAAGAAAUACUCAGAAACACAUUUUUGCAUUUAGUUUUAUUAUGGUUUGUCCUGUAGCAUCAGAAAAUAUGAUAUGAACAUUUAAAAACAAGAAAAACGUGUGGUUCUUUAAUGUUACCUUUGGUGUUCAUUUUCCUGCCUUUAACAAGUUUAAACUGGCAACUCCUCAAGAACUUCAUACAGAAAUUCUCAUGAUAAGCCUGUGCUUGUUUAGUUAAACCAAAAGUGAGGCAUUUUUCAGGUUGUCACCUUUGAAUUAUAGGUAGCCAUCUGCUUUGGUCCCACUGAGUCAUCAACAUUUCUUUAAAAUUGGCAACUAAAGGAAAAUAAUGUCGUAUUUAGUAAGAUUUAAAGCUAGCAAGUGGUACCAUAAAUUCUGUGUAAACAAUAAUUAAAUACAAAGAACAAACAGAAUAGAACAAAAUAGAUUUGGUCUCCCACAGAAUACAGUCUGGCUUCACUGUCCAGUGCUUUAGGCCGUUGAUAUGACAAAAGCAAUUACUCAGUGUGCUAAUACGACUUUCCUGUGUAGCUUUCUCCCUGGCCUCAUACUCGCUGUAGAUUGCUUGUCUUGUUAAGGUUGACAUGUUGUGUUUCUUAACUCUAAUCCAGAAAGCUGUUGAAGAUGGUUCCUCCUGAUCUGCAGCACAGACUCCUCACACUGACAGAUGUGAUCGAAGAGCAGCUCAACAAUCAGCCGGGACCAUGUGGUAUGUGCAUUUAAUAUUUUACUAUCAAGAUCAAAUGAAAAGCUUAAUGAACAAUGGCUGUACUUGUGUGUAGGAGCCAUUUGUUAAUCUGACAUACCAUCAACGUGUGCUUCUCAGGAGGAUUUUCUGAUUCCUACGCCGCUCUCUGUGAUUUCAAUGAGAUGCCAUUCAGAGAAGAGAUUCAGUGGGUUAGUAACUUGAAUGAGAUAUCAAAACAAACAUGUUAUUAUGAUCCCAUGUUCAGAAAAGUUAAAGGACAGUGACACUUUAGAUCACCUCACAACAACCAAAUGCACACACUUGAGCAUGUUUUUCUGUUUUGACAGGAUGUUGACAACAUCUACCAGACCAAUAAUUUGAGACAGUUCAACCUGCUGGACUUCAGCCACUUAGACAGCAGGUGAGAUGCAGCGCAGUACUGUUCUAUCUAAUUUUAUUUCAGUUUAAUCUGGACUUUCUUGUUAAUGUUCUUUCUUCUCUUCUCUCCUGUCCUCUCCUCUCCUCUCCUCGCAGAGACUUGGCGUUAGCAGUUGCAGCUCUGUCUUUCAACCAAUGGUUUAAGCAGGUUUACUGCAAAGAACUCAAACUGGUAACCUAUUUUUAAAGUGUCUGUGUUUGUGUGUAGAUUAGUUGUAGACGUGCAGAUUCUACCAAAUUGUUGUUUUUAUUAGUUAAUGGUAAGGGUCUGGUCCUGUCCUUUGCAGGGCUUUUCUACUGACAUAGCUCCCAGAGAACAUCUGAUGAGUGCAUUAUUUUGUCCUGCAGCUGGUGACACACAUAUAUAAUUAAACAAUAGUGUGGCUGCAGACUAUCUAUGAGAUUGGAUUUUUCAAAGGACUCGUUCAAGCCAGUUCUACAGGUGGACUCUACUGGAAAACUCUCAGUUUGUCUUAAUAAAACCAGGUCGAUAUGAGGAUGUUAAGGAUAACAUCAACUCCUGAUGUUUCUUUUGAGGAAUUAUUUUCAGCUUAUGUUGUGUUGUCCAUGCUGUGAAUAAUGUCAGUGUGUAAUAAUGCAAAAACAAAGGUAGAGUGUUGAGAUUUAGAUCUACUUAAAAUACACUUGAAAACAUCUGAACCUGUCCUCUGUACCAGAAAAACCCAGUGCGUAUGUUAGAUUGUGCAGAGUUGAGUACUGAAGCAUCAGGGCAAGGUGAAACCACUUUGCCUCACCGUGCUACAGUCUGAGGUGUUUGAAAUUGAAUAAGACAUGGAGCAUUCACUGGAAAUGAAGAGGUCACAGAUUUUAAGCCCUAACCUCACCUGGUCCCUGGAGUCAUGGAUGUUGUGAAUAUAGGGCAGAUGUUUUUCCACUGAAAAAUUUCUCCACUGAACAGUUUUCACAUUUUCCAUGGAUGUAUGGAAAUACAUUUUGGUACUGUAAGACUAAGAUUAGUUUCUGAAUGUGUGUUUCUUUCUCUUUAGUCAGCAGACGUCCAGCAGCAGCUGACUUUCCUGUUGUCCAGAUCUCCUGGUCUUGAGGAGCUGUCGCUGGAGGCCUGUGGGCUCAAACAGUGAGUGUGUGUGGAGUUACAGACAGGUGGAUGAUUUUUACACAAAGCAAGCCAGCACGUUUAACAAAUACUUUGUACUCAUUUAAAACCCCUGCUCAGGUAAUGUACAAAAGCAAAGGUAGGACUGGCCAUUUGAAUUUGUGAACUUGAAUAGAAGUAUAAAUGAACUUUCAUUCAUUCCAAACUUGAGGACCCUGUGGUAAAAGCUUUUUGUCCUUUUCUUAGUUGAUCUUGUUCUAAAAAUGUGUUUUAUAGAAGUCAAAACUAUCACCAAAAUGAUACAAUACAAUAUUCAUUUUUUCGUUUAUUAACUUGUUUCUUUUGUACCUUGCUUCAGGGCAUCAACAUAAAUUUUUGUCCGUUUUAUAACCAAACAGAACCGCUUCACAGGAGUGCAGAGUACCCUUUAAAUAAGAAUAUCAGGGUUAUAGCAAAUGGCCAAAGCACUAUUUAUUGCAUAUCAUAAUCAGGCCCCUCUGACGUAAAGUCACCGCUGCGGCUCCUUAUCUCUGCAACACCCAAACAACAGCAUGAGUUAUGAAACACACCUGUAUAGACCAGUGCUAUCAUGUAUCAUGUCUAUUUCCUUUGUGAUGUGCUGAACAUUGUGCUAUAUUUAGACUUUUGCUGACCACUUUGUACCAGGUUUCAGUGACUGUAUCACAAAACAUCACAGAGUGAAUCAUGGGAACUGUCCAAGGUGCUGAUCAUGAAUUCUUUGGUACUAACAUGUGCUGCAUGAUUCCUACUUCUACACGCUGCAGUAAAGCUGAAUGCUCUUGGUAUUUCAGAUUUGAGUAGAGCCCCGUGGACAGGCACACCUGUCGACAAAACAGUUCCUUUUUGUGUAAAAGCAGCAUUUAUUCAUUCUAUAUCUAUUUAUUCAUUUCCAAAAGUCUUGUGGAUAUUGUAAAAUUUGCUUGAUUUGACAGCACUCUAGUAAUCAUUUACUCUUACUUACACUGCCACUUUGGUAGAAACCAAUUGGCACCAAUUUGUUUUUAAAUGAUUUUAGUGUGUCAUGGAACAAGAAACAAAGAUCAACAGAGCCUUUGGUAACUGAGGGAAAUCUAAGAAGGCCUUUUACAUUUCUUUUGAAAGUCUGGGGUUUGUAACUGAAUAAGAUUGAAAUGUAACCUUUUCAUCCUGCUGCAGCGACUUUGCAACCAAAAUGGCCUUUUCUCUACGAGAAAACACCUCCUCGAUGCUGCAGUCCAUCAACCUGUCAGGAAAUCCAAUUGAAGACAAAGGUGAGCUUUUUAAAUACGACAUCACUCAUGUUUAAAAGCUUUUGGCCGGUUGUAGGUACAUAACGUGUGUGCGUGUUUUUUAGGUGUUUUAGCCCUGAGUCAGGAGUUGGGGAAUCUACCUGAAGGACUGAAACAGCUUUAUCUGUCCCGGGUAUCAAUGACAGCCAGAGGUACAACAUGACAUCUCGCACCUCCUUCAGCCACUCACCUACUGCUUCUGCCACUUCAUUUUUUUCAUCCUCUCAAAAUAAAAUGAUAACUUAAGUAAGCAGCUUUUACACUGAGUUGUAUUAGUACAUUGACCUUAUCACCACAUGUGCCCGUUCUGAUCCGUCCCCAGGUGUCGGCUGUCUGAGUCAGAUGUUAUCUUCCACUCAGAUGUUCUCAGCAACUCUGACUCACCUGGAUCUGUCUGGUAACCCCAGCAGCCUGGUUACUGAAGAGGCCACGGUAUAUUCAGCUCUGUGUGUGUGUCUGUUCCCCACCAAAUGGUGAAAAUUGAUUGCAAAUAAGGUCAUUAUACUCAUUAAACUAUGCACGUUAGUGUUCAGAGCAAUUCAGAGGCAGAGUUGUGUCUAGGAAAGAAUCAUGCCAGUAAGAGGGAUUAUGAGAAUGAAACUUCAGCUAGUUGUAGCUACAUGUAAGACAUGAAUGAAGCCACAGCUUUAACUAAUAACAGAAACAAUUCCUCAGUGGUGCAAUCAGUACAUUAUGCAAAUGCCAGGCACUGGAAAGUAACACAUUUGUCACAAUAGAAAGAUAUAAAACCACUGAGCUAUGAGAGGUUCAUGUUUAUACUGUACACCAUUUCUUUGUCUGUGUGUAUGCACGUGUGUGUGUUUGCAGUUUCUCUUCAAGUUCCUGUCCAGCACCAAUUCUCUGUCCUAUCUGGAUCUCAGCGAUACCUCAUGUCCUCUGGAUACGGUCAGUAGAAGGAUCCUUACACAAACAUUGUAUCUUUAAUUUAGUACAUUAGGAUUCAGGAUGUAGUCAGUCACACUAAGCCUUCCUCUUUAACCAUAAUCUCGUCUCUAAAUAUUUGACACCCAACAGAAAAAAUAUUGAACAAGCAGCAACCUCAAACAAAACCAGAGUCAUGGUGAACAGCCACAUGCCUCAGCUGAGAGGGGCUAAGAGUUGAACAGAAGGAUAGACAGAACUAGUGGGAUGAUUAGAGAAAGAAACAGACAGAGCAACAAAAGAUAAAUUAGUACGUUAUGCGCGUUGCUUAGUAAUGUAAAGAUAAUCUAAAUAUAACUGAAAAUAGUUGCAGCAGUUUAGAUAGAAUACAUCUCAUUUUAGCAUAUCAUUAUGAUUGAAACCUAGACUGAUUUAAUAGCAGCUGUAAUAUGUAGUAAUAACUAAGCUAUUAACAAUUGAACAAUCAUAAAGACAAACAGACAGACUAGCAUGUUCUGGUCUGGAACAGUGAAAAAGAGCAUUUGUGUUGGAUUACAUUUGACCUCUCUGUUUGAUGAAUAGAUUAAACCCACUGAUUACUGAGUGCAUUGUGAAAUGAGCUGUUUAUAUCUCUGAUCAUACUGACUGGUUUUAGCUUCUCCUCGCAGUUAUUUGUGUCUCUGUCAGCUGGAUGUUGUUACAAACUGAUGCACCUGGACUUGGCCAGGAACCCUUUCAGCCACAGGUCAGCCCUGUACCUAUUAAUCCUCCUCAAAUUAAACCAGUACACACAUUACCUCUGUCCAAUUGAAGACCUAAUUGAAUCACCAUAACAGAUACUAAAUACAAAAUUAUUGAAUGUUCCAAGAAUUUCAGACUCCAUUGUGCAUUAGUCAGUUUUUGUUUCUCAUGAGCAAUACAGUUUUUCUCAACAUCUAUUUAUUUAUUUAUUCUAAUUAUUUUGUCUCUACCACUUUGCUUAUUAAAGCUUUAAUGAAAGAACUACAAACAAUAAUGAGUUGACUUGCUACUAAACUGUGUACCAAAAUAUGAGGAAGUCCAGUCAUUGUUAAGGACUUUUUUUAGGGCAGUUCUGUCAUCAGUUCAUGUAACGUUUCACUCUUAUUUUAUGCAUACUGCAAACCUCCUUAGGCAGCAUAUUGGUCUGAAUAUCUCCCUUCCACACUUCUAACACAAGCUUACAGACUUCUGAUGUGUUUGAUACAAAAAUAGGAAAAGUGAACACAGUUCAUGCUUCUGUGUGUUUCUGUUUGUGUAUAGAAAGGUGCGAGAAGUGACCAGGAGCAUUCGAGAGUUCUUCAGUCAAAGCUGUGAGCUCAAGUAUGUGAACCUAUCUGCAACCAAACUGCCUCCAACAGCUCUCAGGUGAGUUUGACAGAUGAAGCGUUCUUGACAUUUUGAAAUGUCACAGUGUGAGUAACGACCCAAGUGUCUGAUUUAUUCCAUCUCUCUCUUUUUCUGACCAAAACACCCCCUCAGAUUUGCUGCUCAGAGGUAGCUCACAAAGUCUCUGUUGAGCUGUAGUUACCCUACUAUGUUAACAUUUUAACCAAAAAUUACAUUUUAAUCUUUUUUUUUUUUUUUUAAAGGGAGAGAAAGGUUUUGUAAGCCUCUUUAGAAAACGGGAGUACAUUUUAAAACAGUAGUCACACUUUUGAGGCCUCAAAGAAAAUAAUAUGACACUGUCAGUUUUCUUUAGCUCUCUAGUCUUAGAAAAAAAAGAAUAAGUGCUUUAAGCUGCAAUAAAUCAAGCCCUGACAGUUUAGCUUGGGAAAGCAGAAUAAGGCCGCAAAGAUCCUGAGAUUUUAUACCUUAUCAUCCAUUGAUGUUCAUACUAAAUUUUCCAACAUAUAUCUACAUUCCUACAGAAACUGCAGCCAUAUUGGUUCCACAUUGAAAAGAUAACUGUAGCAGCUUUUAAAUAGUAGGUCACACAUAAAUUGUCAAAAAAAUAUUUUAGAUUUUUGUAUUUUUUCAUUACUUCCCGAGGUAAAGGUCAAUGGGGAUAAGGCUUUAAUGACUAGCUGGUACAAAACAAGCAGUAACUUUGAUAUUAAAAUAUCAAGCUGAAGCAGAAGUACUAAAAACUGUAGUUCCUUGAGUCUACUUGAGGCUGGCUUAAAAAAUCCAGGAGGUUUCACUUCUUUGUGAAAUUGUUUUUUUUUUUAUUCUUUUUUUUUCUAGUGCAGAAAUAAACCAGUACAGCCUGAGUUUUGGUCUAAAUAUUUUGUUUCUCCAUUCUAUACACUGCGUCAGGGUGGCUUAUAUUAUACAACUCAUUUGUUUUGAUGAUAUUAAGGUUUUGCAAAAUUAGGCAUAACGAGGGGCAUGGCUGACCUGACUGACAGACAGGUACAUUGUAACUAUUAGCUGGGAGACCAAAGACCUGCCUUCAUUCCACCUCUCUACUUAACGCUCAGUCAAAUAAAAGGGAUUUUGAGUCUGCAUUUCAAACUUGGCGACCACCAUUUUACUGGGCUUAAAAAUCUGCUUCAAAAACCAGUGGGUGACCUCACUGGGACUACAUCCACAUUUUUCAAAGUCUUUAUAAACACUAGUUUAUUACUUAAAAACUAUAACUAUAUCUUCUCUUAUUUUGUUACAGCAUGUCAGACUCCAAACACUUCAUUGUUACAUCUACUGUUGACCCUAAGCUGAACCCUGCACUCUCUGCUAUUAAAAUAAUCAAUCUACAGACUUAUCAAAAUCCUCAGUGAAGGCUUUGUUCAGAUAUACAGUAAUACAUCGAAGCAUUGCCACAACUCAUCUACAUAAUACCAUGUUAUACUUUUUCCAUUCAUGUUCAACCAUGAAACUGUCAGUCUUUAGCUAUGCAUUAAUUAUGUCUAAUAAAUUAUUAAAUAAAAUAAUGGAAGCAUUCGAUUUUCUCUUGCGUGCUUUUUGUAUAUAUGAUGCUUUACUGCCACUUACACGAGUAAUUAGUUGUGUUUUGUUUUGUGAUUAGGCUAUUAUUGCAGGGUCUGGCAACCAACAGACGCCUCAUUGGUCUAAAGCUGAAUGUCAGUAGUUGUGAGGUAAACUACACACUCACACACACGUGCAAAAAAAAAUCUUGAAUUUGAGAUAAGUUUGAGAAGUCACUGUUCAUAUAUUGUUCUCUGUGGUAUGUGUGUGUUUGGGUGUCUGUAGCUACGUUCAGCAGGGGCCCAGGUGAUACAAGAGCACAUCUCUGAAGCUACAGUAAUCAGAGGUCUGGAUAUCUCUGAUAAUGGUAUGUUAAACUAACACACACACACACACACACACACACACACACACACACACACACACACACACACACACACACACACUAACGUGCAAGCUGAUGUGCAGAAAGUUUGACUGAUAUAUUUAUAUCUGAAUAUGAUAUUUUUAUUUAUUGAAAAAAAGAUAAGCUCUGGUACUUGUUGACUUUUAUCCAUUAAAUCCCUGAAAAAAAAUGAAGUUCAGACUUUGUCCUGGUACUUGACAGACAUUUGACAGGGUAUUAAAAUACAUCAUGAUGCCCUUUUUCUCCCUCUGUCUGGCUGCAGGUUUUGAGAAUGACAUGGUGACUCUGGUUCUGUCUAUCGGCCGGUGUCGCUUUCUUCAGCACCUUGCUUUGGGGGGAAACUUUGCCAUGAAAUCCAGGUCAGGAGAAUAACAAAAUACACGUUUUCAUACAGGAACCAUUGUUCUGUGUUUGUUUCUGUUGACCGGCGUUAUGUUGGUGUACAGAUUUGUUCAAAUCAGACCUCUGCUGUUGGAUUGACUGAGUCCAGUCUACUUUAUAUGUAGCCGACACGUUCACAUAAAAACUUAAUGUUUGAUAUCUUUCCUUUUCUUUUACUCCUCUUUUCCUUCCUCAGUGUUCCUCCAUUCAUUUCACAUGUUUGUUUUAUUUAAACUCUCUCUGUCCUUCAGAGCUCUCACGGAUGUUCUUCAUCGUAUAGCUCAGCUCAUUCAAGAUGAAGAGUGUGUGAGUGACAUUUCAAUCUUUUGACUCACUGUCAUAUACUGUAUAUAUGUUCACCAUUCAUAUCAAUUGAUCACAUAUAAUACUUCAUUGAAAUUUGAUAAUUUUUUGAAACAUCAGAGGCCAUAUUUCAGGACAUUUUCUCAAUCUCAAAUGAUGAGUAGUAUUUAAUGUCAAUGUUAUUGUGCCUGUGUGUGCGCAGCCCCUGCAGUCUCUCUCAGUGUGUGACUCAAGGCUGAAGACAGGAAUAAACAUCCUGCUGAGCGCUCUGGGCGGCCAUAGUGCUCUGGCUGAGGUUGACAUCAGUGGUAACAACAUCGGUGACACUGGAGCCAAAGUGUUGGCCAAAGCUCUGAUGAGUAACACCAGACUGAGGUGAACACACACACACACACACACAGUCAUGGCUGCAGCUGUUUCUGAGACACAUUGUCAUGGAAACUGUUCGCCUUUGUGUCAACACUGCAAUUCACAUGUGGCAUCUCCUGUUUUUACUUAUUUAUUUAUUUAUUCAUUCAUUUUUAAAUUCUUGUUUCACUCUUUUGAUCUUGUUGUUAUAUAUUGUCAGAUACCAUCAUUUAUUUGAAAUUAAUCCUUUUCAGUGUGUGAUCAACUUUGGUAGAGCUCAGUUUUUUUUUUCAGAAAAGAAGAAAUUAUUUUUAAGUUGCUGAGCUGAAUAUUUUACUCAUUAAUUUUUGCUCAGAAAAAAUCUGGAGAACCUCAAAGGAAGUUGGUGAAGAAAUUAAAACCAUGUGUUUUGCUUGUUCAUCUAACAUUGUUUGCAAUUUAAGCAAUAAAAGUUAUUUUUUUGCAGCCACAAAAGUGUUCAGUUUAAAAGACAACUUUUGUUUUUCCAGUUAUAACAAGUUACCAGAUUAGUCAGUGGAAUACGAAGAACAAACAACAGCUAAACUAAUCCCUGCUGCAGCAGUACAAGAUUCUUGCCCCCUACCCUUGUUGUUGUUGAUGUUUUUGUUGUAGCAGUUAUUGUUGUUGUUGUUUUUUGCAUGUCAGCCCAAAUACCAUGCUUCCUCAUAGAUCACAACAAUCUCUUUCCCCAACUAGUCUGCAUUCAACUGAUUCAACUUUCUCCAUCUCAAGGAGUCUUGCUUGGGACAGAAACAACGUGACCGCCAGAGGUUUCCAGGAUGUGGCUGCUGCAAUGAAGAGGUCUUAACAGACACACAAAUUUUCAUGAGCUAGUCACAUAUAAACACAUAACUGUUGAGAGCUACUUUAAUAGCUGUCUAUGUUCAUUUGUUUUUGGUUGAGCAGGAGUUAGAAUGAAGGCAUUUAGAAAAAGCACUGAGGAGCUCAAGUUGACGGGGAUGUGAACUUCUGUAUGUUGAUUGCAUCUUGUGUGUUUUACAGGAACUUCACUCUGCAGCAAAUGUCUCUCUCGCUGGCUGACAUCACGCAGAGUUACCGUAGUAACCCUGAAAAAACAAGUGAGGCCCUGCACAAGGUCAGAGUGCCGAGAAAUUAAUUAAUCAAUGUGCUAAAAAUUGUGACUUUUGAAAACAAUUUCUUAAAUUUCAUUGUGGAAAUAUAAAGAAAGCUAAAACAUAGACUUCAAUGUAUGCAUCUACAGUUUCUCACACAUAAGUUCAUCAGCAUACUGCCUUUUUCUGACAAAGAGAGGUCAGUGUGAAAAUGUAUCUGAGGUUUUGCUUUUUCACAAUAGGGCUGUUUUAAUAGCAUCUCUCUGUCUCUUCUUUGAUUCAACCAUUUUUGUUCAAUGUUUAUUCUGUGUAUUUUGUUUUUGUGUGUGUGUGUGUGUGUGUGCAGAUUCAGCAGUGUUUAGACAGAAACAACCAGAGACAGUAUGACAUGGAGGAAUUAAAGCAAGUGUUCAGAGCUCGGUACUCUGAAAAGGUAGGAGGAGGAAAAUAAAUUAUUGUCUAAUCUUUCAUGUUAUUUUCCAGACUCUUAAUUCCUGUAUUUAGAGGUUAUUAUUAAGGAUAGUAUUUUAGUACUGUAACUUUUCUUACACAAAGUUAAAUUCCACUACCCUUUUAAAUUUCAAAAUGAUAAAACCCUGAAAAAAAAUGACGGUAACACUUUAUUUGACACCUAUCUCUACAACGCAUUAUAAAUAUAUUCAUAAUGCAUUAUAAUCAAGUUAUAGCACUGUAUAACUAUAGUUAUAAACACUCAUAAAUGAUCAUAAUGCUUUAUAGCAAUAAUCAUAACACAUUAUAAAGCAUUUCAUUAUUACUUACAAGGUCAGGUAUUAUGAUGUGUAUUAACUGUUAUCAACAGUUGCAUUGCAUUAUCUAUGUGGACAUUGUCAGUGAGUUGUCAACAGUUAUAACAUAUUAUGAAAUCUGACCGUUUAUAAUUUCUAUAAUACCUAAUUUACGAGUUUUUAUAACUAUAGUUACAUAGUGCUAUAACAUGAUUAUAACAUAUUAUACAUAUAUAUUUAUAAUGUGUUAUAGAGAUAGAUGUCAAAUAAAGUGUUACCGAAAUGACAUACUGUACUUACUGUACAAUACUGUAUUGUAUCCACUGCCAUUUGUCUUUCCAGGAUUGUAUUGAUUCAUUCUACAGAAGUGUAUUUAGGUAGAAGCAAAAGAAAACUAUUAAUAUGGAGAUAGAACUGACUAAAUCCAACACCCUUUGUAAUUUGCUGUGAUUUGGGGGAAAAUGUGAACAUUUGAUCUGAAUCCAAAAAUGAUACCUGCCUUCUCAUUUAUCCUGGGCAGUUUGGUUCCACACUUUCACGUGUUGUCUUGUGAGAAAACUGUAUCAAUCCUAACAGAGUGGGAUAUAAUGGAACAAUAUGGAUCCAGUGCAUGGAACAUUGCACACUCAUCCCCAUUAGGAAUGAAGGAGCAAAAGCUGCUCUCAAGCAGAGACAAAACAGAGGAGGGAUGAUGCAGCAGGGAGAGUGGCUAACAGUUCUCCCCUCAAUCAGGGGUCUGUUUCUGGCACUAGAAGAUUCAUGUUGUAUUUUUAUUGUUAUUUAUAGUUUGUAAGAUUUGAAUGCUUAAAAAAAUAUAGAAACAUCUGCUGACUCACCAGAAUCCAGUGACCGAUAGCAGUUAUCUAAGCCCUCAAAACAAUGAGGAGAUCAUUGUCUACCUCUGCCUCAACUAGGCAGUUUGUGUUUGUAAUUGGGAUGACAGAUCCAAGUUAUCCAGCUGAACAACCAAGGUUACCCACGGACCAAACCUGCUGUCUGUUUUUCUUGUCUACUGUCUUAGCUGGUCCAGGGUUUGUGUCGGCAGCUGGAAGACAGCCUCCAACAAGUGAACCACUGCAACACACAGCAGGUCAAGGCAGACAUCCUGAAUGCACAAGAGGUGCUGCACAACGCAAAGGAGUCCUUCAAGGUACGGGCUGCUCAGAUUAGUUUUGAUUUGCUCUAUUGAUGAUAACAUCACAGGCCAAAAUAAUCAGCCUUGAAAAACUGUUUAUGAUGAAAUUUAAACUUGUUUAUAACGUGUUGUUACCUCCUUUUCAUACACAAAAGGGUAAGAAUACUGAAAACAUAAUUUGAUGUGAUGUUCAGUGCAAUGCCAGCGUUACUAUGACCCAUGAGGGCAGAACAUCUGGUGGAGAUGCUGUGGUAAAGCGGCCGAGGAGUGUAAAUGAUCCUCUCGACCUUUGUUUCUAUUUAUCUCUGUGUAGCUGCUCCCCUCACUGUAUGAAGCUGGGAGUACAUGCACCUCUGAUGGAGACAUGGUGAACUCCAUCCUGGCUGAAACUGCUACUGCCCUGACCAAUGAGUUCAACAGAAGCAUACAGGUACUCGAUUAAACACACUCACUAUAUGACUGACCAAACAGGGACCAGUUGCAGAGUUGCAUCAUUGAGCUUUAUGCCAGUUUAAUAACAUCAAAAGUUACAGUUAAUUAAGAACGGGAUUAAAGCAGAGGGGUAGACUUUUAGUUCCACAGUCUCCCAGUAAAAGUGUUGUGAUUAUUUGAUCCAUCUAUCAGUCAGAUCUGCCUCUGCAGAUGAAAAGUUGCAGCUUUAUAGCUAUGAGGUUUUGAGUGUCUUGUUUUUUGAUUGUGACUGACAUGUAACUGUUUCAGACAGUGUGGUCUACAAUAAUACACAGCAUAAACACAAUUACUUUGCAUUGCACAACAGAAAAAUUGAAAUAGUGUUAACAACUGAAUGGCAUUCUUCUGUUUUGGUUACUGAGAGACCUCUUGCAAGUCAGGCAUAUUUCACUUUAAUGACAAGUCAUUGUAUGUGGUCUUUCCACUUACUCUUUUAUGGUUGAACUUCCCGAGUUAAUUUCUGAGAUUUCUGAAGAAUUUUCAGAGCUGGUUUUAUUCUAUUUAAAACUCAUGUGACCUUAAUUGUGAGUUAAACUCCCAUCUUUGUAUUGCAGGAGUUGGCUCAGAGCCUGACAAGGUGUGCAGAGGCAGUGUGUCCAAGGAUUGUUCAGCGAUCGAGUGUGUGCGAGAGUCUGUCAGAGUGUAUGUCCAAAAAAGUCAGGCAGACACACAACUUCCUGAGGAACACUCUGCUGGAGCACACAGGGCCAAUCAUCAGUAACAGACUGAGGUAAUGACAUUUAUGUAAGACUGUGUCCUUUCCAGUCAGUGUAAUUAACCUCAUUUACACUGUGUAACUACAUUACAUACUGUCAGUCUGCUGACUGCCUGAUUAAAAAGGUCAUGAGUGAAUGGUGAGUGUUCAGGACAACUUCAGUGGGGACCAUGGAGCAUAUUAUAUGAAUGCUUAAAACCACAACAUUGACAGCAACAAAAAAGCUUUCAGAAAUUUAUAGAUAUUAUUCAUUUAAUUUAAUACGAGGAUCGAGACACAUCAUUAAUACAGAACAAUGGUUUAGGGUGAGGAUUGCAGGUUAGUAAUCAGUUCUAUACAUUACAACUAAUUGCAAAGCCUCUUUUCGUGUACAAGUGAAAGAAAUCCACUAUGUCCACACUGUUUCCAGAGCAGAAGAUUUGGGUUCAUACUGCCUACAAUGAUUCACGCUAUAUGAAAGCUACAAUGACAGAGUUACAGAGUGUAAACUUCAUCUUUAGAAAGUCAUCACUACACUGAAAUUUGAUUGUGUUGUCUUUGUACAGAAACAGAUCCAGUCUGCCUUUGAAAUGUAGAAAACUGAAGAUGAAGCUUUUGUCUGUCAUUCCUAGAUGAUCCUCAAAAAUGCUGCUGUCUCAGCUCUCACUAAAAAAUUCUCACUGAAAACUCACGACCAUUUUCUGAUUAACAAGGCUGGUCAGUCCCAUGGAGUCCCAUAGGCCCAUGGGAGCAGCACAAAACUGGUCAUAGAACUGCCUAUGUGACGACUAUGCUAAUUUGGACCCCAGGACAUUAUAAACUCACUCUUUAUACUGUCCACAAACUAUGUAUUGGUCAACUAUGUUUAUUGAAACCCGGAAAAUCAUCUUAUUUUUUGUUUUUUCUUCAGCAAACACAAAAAAAUUGCAAGUGAGAAAAACCUCAAAGAUCUUUUAAGCUUUAUCAGAGAUAUGAAUGAAUGGAUGAAUCUGAUAAGACUCAGCUCAGUAAAACAUAACCUCUGUGCAUGAAAGGAAGACUUUCACAGGUGUAGCAUGCAUACAGUAUGAUGCAUUGAAGUGGAGUUAGAUAAGACACAGCCAAUCAAAUGUUUAUACGCAAUGAAAUAAACUCACAAAUUGUCAGCACUCUUCAAACUUAAUCACUGUAACCCUAACCCAACCCUAUAUUCUCUGUUUUCAUCCAGAGAACUGAAACAAAGUCUGAGUGUCUCUCUGGCUGAGAGCAUCAUUGAACAGCUUCUACAGGAUCUGACAACAGCACAGGAAAAAAUGGUAAGUGCUUGGUAAAGGGUAAAUAAGUAGAAGCUGGCAAACUGCUGCACUUCCACUUCUAUUUGUGUCCCCGGCACAAUCAUUUACCAAACCCCUUUUUUUUUUUUUCGAAAAGGUGAAAAAUAUUUUCCAGUCAUGGACAGAGAUGAAUUCAGGACGUAUUCAGUGUAGCUUAGCUUGAGGGCUGUGAACAGGGAAAACCACAGCAAUAGCUCCCUCAGAGACAGAGGAAACAGAAAUUCUUCUACAUAUGUUAAAUGCUUCUUCUUAAUCACCCUCUGUACUUCUCUGUUAACUGUUGAAUAUUAGUCAUACACUUUGUAUCUUUCAAAUGCAGUGCUCACGGUUGAACGUAUUUUUCCUCAUUCACUGUUUAGGAUUGCCUUACCAAAGAAAACUCUGGUAUUGUGCAGAAAGUCAUCAUCCCAAAACUGCAACUGGUGGAAAGUGAUUUCCCAACCGAUGAUGUAAGUGACUCACACCCACCCAUCCAGCCAUUUGUUAUCCAUGCAUUCACAUCUAAGACUUCUCAUUUUUGUUUUUCAUCUCUCUGUGUACAUUAUCAGUACAGCCCAGCAUUUUGGAGGACCCUGAGGCCUGCAUCUUCAAUGAAGAGUGAGACAAAACCACUUUAGCAAUUGUGAUCCAAUACUGUCAUUUCUUCCUCUGUCUCUCCGUUUGUCUGACACUGAAUUCACUACAACUCAUCUCUUUUUUAUGUGUGGACUACUUCUCUUCUUUAUGAGCUAUCAAGAGGCAAAAUGAAACUGAAAACGGUUUUGAGCUCAAGAAGCCCUUUUACAUUAAACCAUCUUGGGCCUCAAAGCCAUAGGGUUAUUAUGCAUUAAGCUACACAGGAUUAGCCAAGAGGUGCCGACUAAUGCUAGCUAGGACUGCUGUGGUAAGGUCUUUUAAUACAAACUGUAGAAUAAAGGAGAAAAUAACAAAAUAUCAAGCCAGGAUUGACGGGCUUCUCAGAUUAUACAGAAGUAUGGUUCGUUUUGUUGUGUUUUGUUUUUUAAGUUGCGUUGAAUAAGCUACUCACCAUUAGUGAGUGUAUUACCCACUGGAGAUGCCAGUCAGCUAGGGUAUUGACCAGAGAAGUAUCAUGCAUUAUUUGAGCUCAUUCUUCCCCUUCAGCCGCUAAUGCAGUGUAUUUUGAAAUGAAAUGUCCUGGAGCACCAUUGUUUUGAAGUCCCGCUUGUAACAACAGUAACUCUGUGGUUAGAACAGAGGCAAGUUCCCCACUCCUCGUUUCGGCUCUCAUUCAUCCUAAUGAACAUGUAUGCUCCAUGUCUGGCAAUAGUGCAAAAAUGAAUGGGCUUUUACACUGACAUGAGUGUUUUGGUCAGAGUUUCUCAAAAUGACCUAGAGCUGGACUCGUCUGCAGCAGUUGGGUAGUUGAUAUCCCAGCUUUCAUUCUGGUUCUGUGGUCAAUGUCUCAUGUAAGGGCCCAAGCUAACUGGGGGUUCUCUGUGGGUAAUACAGUAUAUUUACUGUUGACAAGUACCUAAUUCAACCCUAAAAAAAAAAAAACUUUUCCCCUCAAGACAAAAACACACCUACUUGUCUGCUUAGUUUUGGUAACAAACCUGUAGUCAAACCUGUGAUUGACUGAACCCACAAGCAGAACCGAAGACAUAAGAAGUGUUGAGUGAAUUUAUUAAAGAUGUUUGGUGGUGAGGAGGGAUCCAGAGGCCAGGGUGUUCAGAGAACUCCGAGGUGAGGUGAAGGUUUUAGUGUGAGGGCUCCAGGUAGAUGCAGGUGAGUGAAUCCGGUGAAAGAGUCUGGCAAAGUGGCAGAAGUUGGGCAAAGGUAUUCUGGUUUAAGGAGUUACUGGAGAAAAAAUAGAGGAGUGGAAUGAGUCACAGAGAAACACAUACACUCAAGGAAAAUGCUCAAGAUACCACAGGAGAUGCCAUCUCGCAUACAAGAAGCCUCUCAGCAGAGCUUAAAUGCAGGUGGCAUGAUUGAUUGGCAUGAUUGGAGUGAUUGGCGUGAUUGGCUGCAGGUGUGUUGGUGCAGAAGGAGACAGAGCAGAAGACGGGCUGCUGCACCUCUUGGGAAUAAGAGAGAGACACAAACAAGAUAUCACUCUAGAGUGCCGACAAGUGUCAAAAACAAGUGUAAUCACCACACCUGUGUUUUGUUCCCCUUGACCUAAGCAUGUAAAAAUUUCCUCGGUUGCACAAACUCAAAUGUCAAUAGAAGGCUUUCAGCUGUCAAUUUAGUGGAGAGAUUUCAGCAAAACUUUCACCCACUCCUUUGUCAUGUUAUGUAGCAUCAGUUGGGAUCUCAAAGCACAAAUUAUGAAUCAUUUGAGAUUAUCUUCCAGUUACCUGAGGGCACAAACUCAGUCAUUAGGAAUGCACAGAUAUAUAAAUUUAAACCACUUAAUGCAAAAGUGCAUCACAUUUUAUGAUUAAUAAAAUUCAUAGAGCCAGAAGAUAAUAAAACAUCAUCCUGCUUGUGAAGAAAUGACCAUGGCUUUGUAAAUAAGUGUGAUGGAUUUAGACUUUCACCAUCUUUUUUAAAUUCUGUUGCGAUUCAUCAAAUUUGGGCUCUGGUUUAGCUCUUAACCUGCUGUCAUCUAUUUAUCUUGUCCCAUUGUGUUCUUUAUGUGAGCUUUGCCAUGUUGAACCACUCUGCGCAGACAGCUCUGUUUGGCUAAUUGGAGCAUGGCCCGUUUACUUUCACACCAGUGACUUCCACCAUGGAGGAGAUGAGAUGGGGAGAAGAUGGAGGAGGGGUGCUGAGGGAAGAGGGGGGAAGCACAGGGAUUUGGGGGCAGUGCGGCUCAUAACACCCAACCCAUGCUCCUUUUGUUUGAUGUAGGAUAAAAGGCUGUAAAAUCUGUAAUGAUAAAGCAAAUCUAUAGAAAUAUCAAUGUUGUGCUUUUGUUUGCUCGUGUUAAGAGGAUGUAGGUCAAAAAAAGAAUUAGGUCAAAAUUAUAUGGGCGGUUUUCGAAAAGGAUUAUAAUUUUAAAGCUUUUUAUAUCGGACAAUGUAAUAAUCUAUAUGAAUCAAACGUGGCUGUAAAUUAUUAAGAUUAGCUGUAAUAGCAGUAAUGAAUAAGUAGAUUUAACCCUUUGAGAAAGCAUCUUGUGGUGUGUGUAUUAGGAUGUUAGCUCUGUAUGACAGGCUGAUAAGUGUGCAGCACAGUGUGACUGCCGCAUCCAUCUGCUGCUCUGCCUUCUCUCUGCAUAUCUGUGCCUAACUGAUUAUUUCUCCAUUCCAUGCUCUGCUCUCCCCUCUUGUCCUCCAUUCUUUUCUUCUGUCAACAUUGCUCCUCUCUGCUUUCACAUUUUUGCCUUUCUAUUCUCAAAUUUAUUCCCCUUACUGCACUACACUCACUGCCCUACAUAUACAUACCUACAGCAUAACACAUGCCAGAAAAAAAUGAAGCUCUCUGCGUGGGCUCCAUUCCCAAUUUUUCCUACCCUUCCUCCCUCUCUCCUCUCUUCCCUCUCUCUUUCAUCCUACCUCCUUGUUCCUCCCCCCUCAUCACUCAUAUUAUUCACUCUCAGGUCUCCUGGAUGCAGACUGGGAGCAGCAGACGAGGGACAGAGGAGCAGAGCAAGAAGAAGGAGGAGUAGUAGGGGGAGGGUGUGGCCUCUCUCGGUUGCCAUCAGCAACCACACUGUCAGUCACAGACUCAAGCCCCUCCCUUUCCCCUUUCACAUCCCCGCCCCCAUCCCCCUCAGGAUGGAGGGGGAGGAGGCGGAGGGAGGGGGAGGUGGCAGCAGUGGAUGCUGCAGCAGCAAUAUCAGGAGCUAGAGGAGCAUCGCUCAUUCCCUCUCCCGAUCUCCCCCUCCUUCACUCCAUCGCCGCUCGUGCUCCACAGGAGGAGACUGCCAGCCACGGAGGCUUACCAAGACGAGAGGCUCCAAGCCCAGGCCCCCUCCCCGGCUCUGGUUCCCCUGCUUCUCCCAUGGAGCCUCUACCCACCCAGGGCCAGACUCUAAGGCACUACACUGCCUCCCGACCACGGCCACGACGCACACACACACAGCCCCCCUCCUCCAGGCCUCAGGUAAGAACACACACACAUGCACUCAAAAUACUAACCAAUGACCACACAGACAUACAUACACACACAUACAUAUACAUAUGUAUAUGAGGAUGUAGAAAUGACCCCCAAUUUGCAUUUUGCUUGACCACAUUGAACGAUUCAUUUGCAUACAAAAUGUGCAUUGACAUCUCUGUCAGUGCAAUACAGCCAUCAUGAGCGGUGGAAAACAGGAUGCUGGGACUGAGAGAUGGAAGGGAAACAUUGAUGUAUGAAGGGAUAGCGGGUAGGGGAGAUGAAGCAGGAAGCUAAUUGCUGGAUGACAGAGGGAUUCCCAAGGAGAAAAACGACAGAUAUGUAGAAACAACACUACGAGAAAACAGGCAAACUAAGAAGAGAAGGUUAAUGCAGUAUAAUGGCCAUCUAUCUAUCUAUCUAUCUAUCUAUCUAUCUAUCUAUCUAUCUAUCUAUCUAUCUAUCUAUCUAUCUAUCUAUCUUUCUGUAAUGCUGUAGUAAUUAUAGUAGCCAUCUUUAUUUUUGCACUCUCUUUCUACAUGUAAUUGUGCUCAGUGUGUGUGUGUAUGUGUGUGUGUGUGUAUGUGUGGGUUUAUGAGUGUGUGAGAGAAAAAGAGAGAGAGAAUAGGCACAUGCAUUUUGGGAGUGGUGUUCCCUGGGUUGUUCCCGAGCCGAUUUCUCUCUCUCUCCCUCUCUCUCCUGGGAAUGCUUUCACUAACUCAAUUAUUCAUGUUUUCCCAUUAAUGGGGGUCUCUUUCUCUGUGCUGUCAGUGUGUUAAUGGAAACAGAGGAUUUCUCCUCAUCAGUAGUGACCUUGUAUAUGUUUAAAUUGUGGGACUUUUUCUCUUUGUCGGACCACUUUAGGGUUGUGGUGUUUUACUGUCACCUUGUUUUUUUUAGGAGAAAUGACUAAAGUAGAUAAUGUUCUGAACAGCCUGGCAUAGAUAAGUCAUUCCUUUGAAUUAAGGCUGCACACAACAUCUCAGUUUCAUCAUUAUCCCAAUUUGACGAUUCCCAGUUAACAUUCUGCAAAAAUUUAGAUUUGUUAAAGAAAAUGUGAUAUAAACAAGCAACAAAAUCUCACUCAACUUUCUUAAUGAAGGACAGAGGCCAAGAUAGAAUGGCCAUGUUUCACAUCAUUUUGCGUUGGCCAGAUGUAGCUCAAGCUAAAUAUUAUCAACAAUUGGUGUCAAUUUAUUAACAAAAAAGCUUCUUUUAUUUUUUUUUUUACAUAAAUACAGGUGUUGUGUGAAAACAUGUACAGAGGAAGAGAAACUGGGUUAAACCCCAAUGUGCAUUUAUUCAUGUUUGUCGAUUAAUCAGACUUUACGUUACAACAGCGAUAAUGACCAUAUAAUUAUACAUGUAUGGUUACUAUAAUUAAUUUCAUAAUAAUUUCAGCAAAUCAAAAAUAGUUGAAAAGAGUUUAAAUUUGAUGUAAAGAUUAUUGUGCAAAUCAAUGUAAAUUGGAUGGGUGAUCAGUUGUUAUCCAUCUAUUAUCUUUACUACUCAUAGGGCCAGAGACUGGGUACACCCAGGACGGGUACCUUGUCUAUCACAGGGCUAAUAAGUAGAGACAAACAGCCAUUCACACAAACGCACACACGCACGCACACACACACACCCUGCAGGCAGUUUAGAGCAGCCAAUUAACCUAAAACGCACAUCUUUGGAUUGUGAGAGGUAGCAGAGUAACCAGAGAAAGCCCACUCAUGGAGGGGGAGAACAUGCAAACACCACCCUGAGGCUAAUGCCCACCGAGGGAUGUGAACCAGGAACCAUCUCGAAGCCAGGCAAUAGUGCUCAUCACCAUGUGUAGUGAAUAUCAAAACAAUUAAUUAAAACUGCACUUCUCAGCACACACAGCAUGUUUGAGAAAAAUGCAUCCGACUUGUGCUUUAAGAUUUUAAUUGGACAUAUUCCGUCUGUUAUCAUGGUAAAGGCCUCAAAGCCUGAACUGCAGCCAGUCUCUGGAGGUAGUUAAACAUUUUUUGGCUUCACAUAAGGUAGCUGUUAUCACGCUGUCCAUGAUUUUAUUCAGUCAGUGCUAAUGUGGGGCAGCCAAGUUAGCUCAAAGACUUGAGAGGAGUUAGUCUAGGCCCAAUCCCAUGUAUAUCAGUUUGUUUGUUUUUUAGUCACAUAUUUAUAUUUAGUUUCACUUACCUUGAAUUUUAGCCAGUUUAUAUAAGUGAUAAGUGAGUUUAGCAUACAAUCUCAAUUUAUGCUAAAUUGGCCUGGUACCAGGCAAGUUUGUUUGCCAGACAAGGUGGGAGGUUGAAUUUCUCCUCACAAAUUGUUCAAUCCAGCCUGUCUCAUGUAAAAAUGAUGAGCAAUACUUGUUGGUGUGUCAGGUUUAGCUAUGAGAUGCUGAUAUUAGCAUGGAUGCCAGUUUGAUAGCCAGUUAACCCGCAAGCCCAAGUCUUCCACUUAUAAAUUCUUUUCAGUUGCAUGUUUGUUUUAUGGGGCUAGCAUUAGCAUCACAAGGCUUUAGGUUGGAGGGUUAGCAGUGGCCCAGUACCUAUGUCUUGCUUGCUUCCCAGUCUGUUCAACACAUGCGUAGAGCCCCUCUGUGUUUUUUUUUUCACUAUUUUGGUCAUCGUCCAGUGAAUGAUUCUGACUCAGUGAUGACCCUUUUGUUGUAUGAGGGGGAUUCAACGCUUGGUCAUCAGAAAAUAUUAGGAACUUAACCAAACCAUCGUCUAUGGUUCCAACAUUUGCAGCAGACUGGUUCGACACAACAUCCAACAAGCUGGGGUGUGAGUGUGGAAAGGGGAGUGGCUUAGGUAGACGUAAAGGAGCAGCUUCUACUUGCACAAGCACCAGUGACACUAGCUAUUUUUGUCACUCACCCGACAAUGUAUUUUUGAUUUUUUAAUAAUUUUAGCAGCAGAAAAUGAAGAAAUGCUUUGUCACUGUUUUUUAUCGGUACUAACGUUACAUAGCUGGAAACUUCAAGAGGUUAGUUACUAUUGUUCAUAGAGAAAGUUGACACUUGGUGGGCCAACCAGAACCAUCUACUGGUGUGAGUAUGAGAUGGAUUUUAUAAAGGCUGACCACAAGUUUCUAUAAGUAACUGAAUGGCCAGAGUGGGAUGUAAAAAGCAGUACAAUACAUAUAAAUUGUGCUGCAUGUGUCUGAAAGUUUUACUUUUCCACAUUUAUAAGACGUCUUCAAAACAUGGUUGCAAGAUUACUGUGAGGUGUUUUGUCCAUCCAGUGAGUGUGUAUGAUAUACAUGUCUUUCCUCUCCUUUCUGAAUCAGCAGUGGUUGAGACUCUGUCAACAUGCAGUGUUUGAUUUUGUGGCCUGAACUUUGAAGGCCGAGAGAAGGCUAGCGUCUGCUUUCUAAGCUUUUGAAAACACAGUCUAUCUGUUUCUACAGAGUCAGAAAACGCUGGGUGUGCCAAAAAGAAAACAGUGUAGAAUCUGCAUAAAUACACAUUCGUCUCCACUUUCCCACAAAGCUUAAUAUUUGUUAUGCUUGGAAUUUGCAAUUAAAUUAAACACUAUAUCCUGAACCUCUAAUCAGCUGCAGUCGGUGAUAUUCAGCAGCAGCGUCUCCAAACUUAUUGCAGAGGUCAAGUAAGGAUACUUCAGUGGAAAAACGAUCAGCUUUCAUCUUAUUUUUCUGACUUGACCAACAACAGAAUUUAAAUAGAUUCUUAUCAGAAAAUAUCAUAUUGGGGAAACUAUCUUAUUUUUACUGUGAUUUUCUCUGGCUACUUGCUUCCCCAUGUCAUGCUCCUUGUAUCCAAUGCUGGACCACCAGAGUCUCACCAUUUUUACUUUAUUUAAUAGAAGUCAAGCUCAGUUGUGUAUAUCCAGAAUUUUUGUUGCUUUGAAUGGAACAUCAUCUUCUCUAUUAUUUUUAUUCAUCUAAACUUGCUGCCUUUCAUAGAAAAUGUUGGGCUGAUGAUGUUUUCUAAUGGGUUAGUGGUCAAGCUGGUGAUGUAACAUUGAUCUACAUGUGAAGUUUUGUUGGGACUGUUUUGGCACUCUGCAUUGUGGAGCAUAGUAGAUUGGAUGCAGUUGUCUGUAGCUUACCGAUUGAAGUUACUUCCAAGUGAGAGAAGUUAUAACAAUGCUCCAUCUUUGCCUAACCAGUCUUGCUGACAGUGAAGUGGGCAAUUCUGAAAACUAACAUGGUCUGAAGGACUGAAGUUUGACAGUUCAAGUUGGACUGUCUUCUUUAUCACUUUGAUAACCCGGAGAUCUUUCAUGUGUUGAUGUACGUUGAGAACUGGAGGCAGCCUCGAUUUUGAGGCCCUAUUCAAGGAAUAGAGACUAUCUUCUCUGGAACUGGUUUUGGCUCUGUGGGACCCAUUGAGCAACCACACACUGUUGCCUCUCACCCACCUCACAACCCCUGUGGCUGUGAUGCGUUAUGCUUAGAGAAAUGCUGGAUUCAAACUCCAUAACUUAAAACCUAAUGAUGUAAGUAACAGCUAUUUAAGUGUUUGUUCAGGGAGCUUUCUGUACCUAAAAAUGGUCCUUAUGGGAAAGUGUACAUCAACUCAAAACAACGAAGCUCAUCCACCAUGUUACAUUGGUUAAAAACCGAAACUCAUUUUCCGAGUUUAACGUCACCUUACAAUGUGAGCGCUUCUGAGCAGUUUGGCUCUCUUGAAAAUGUAUUUCAGAUGAACUUUGUUUAAUUUUAUCCUUUAUUUCAAAUGAGUGGCAUUAGUUCAAGUAGAAACAAUACUUCAAAAACAGUCAAAGAGUUUUCAUUUUGAAGAAAAGGAGGGUGACAGAUGGUCCGAACACAAGGCAACAUGUCAGGAUCUGGCAGUGCAUAAGGAAACCUUCACACUGUACUGUGGACAUAAACGGACACACAGGAGUCAUUAGGAAGGUCCGUGGUUACACGGGCAAAAAUCAGGUGAUUCAGAGGCAGAUCAUGCAGUAGAGGUUUACCACCAGCUGUGGGAAUUACAUUACCUACACAAAGAACAACGGGAAAUGGUGUUUUUGCCAUAAUGGUUAUGGUUUUGAAGGAUAUAGUUGUGCACUUUUCUGUGAGACAUGUGACUGUAGGCUGAGUCUCGGUCUGUGAUGGGUUACCCAAGUGUCCAUGUUGCAACUGGAACAUAAAAAAAACAUUGCAUUGUAGUCUGCUAUCAUUAGUCAAAAGUUGUUUUCUUUCUGCAGAAGAUUGCUUAAGCGAACUAAUGUCAGGCACACAACACCCUACAAGAUGUUGAACUUAGGGUAACACUCCUGAGGUGUAAUUUCAGGUUUUAGGGGGUCCCAAAGGAGGACAAAGAACAUGCAAAGAACAAGAUGGGGUACAAAAUGGAUAAGAUGUUAUGGCAUGACACACAUCACAAGUUUAUGAUCCUCAUAGUCCUCUGUUUAGACCUCCAAACAGAUCGAGACACAAACUCCAUAUGCCAGUGUAUUUAAUUUAAGUUUUUAUUGGUAUAGUUCACAACAAAAAAAUCUCAUGACUCUGAACACAUACAGCCAAUCUAGAUCAUACGAUUGUGAUCAUUUACAGAGACAUUAACAUGAAUUCACUAAAAAGAAGAACUUGGUAUCCAUAGCAAGGAAAUCCAACCUUUUGACGGACAGAGACCUCAAGCAGUUCUGGACUUAUCCUAAAAAGUUAACCCUACAGGAUAACUCACUACACAAUUAUUCAUAGGAAGAGCUCUGCUGUUUUAGCAACAUUCCCACGUUGUUAAAACAGCAAUUGAGAUAUUGUUCCAAAUGAUAUAUACCUCAUACCACUGUGGGCAUUUAUAUAUUCAGAUAAAGAGAGAAGAGAGGAGGCAGAAACGUCAUAUAUCAAUUCUCUCAGCAGUCUUAGCCUAUAGUACAAUAAGGGAAGUAUGAUGCAAGUAUAAGCCAGAGUGGAGAGGGUGUCUGCUUCCUGACUGGUAGAGGAACCUGGUAGUUAAGGGUUCUACCUCCCAUAUUAUUAAUAUAAACUUUAGUUUCUGAAAACAGGCUUGUAUGUUAUAAGCUUUGUGUUUAAGAGGGAGACCAUGAGCUCUCAAAGGAAUGAUGGUACCUGAUCGUGAAGAGCUUUGCUGGUGUUGAUAAGGGUUUCAUGGUUUUGUCCAGAUUUUAUGAGGAGCUAGUUUGGAUGAAAUCUGAUCUUUUCCCUAAUUCUUCUCAGUACAUGUGCUUCAGGGUUUUGGACCAGCUGAAGUACAGUGGAUUAUUUUCAUGACAAGAUGGUCUGUUCUAAUGAACAAUCUUUCCACUGCUUCCUGCUACAGCUACUUCUCUCUCCCAUCUGCUGCCUGGUAAAGCUUCUCUUCCACCUGCUCCAGUCUGCCAAGUCAGGCCUGCAGUAUUUGCAGUGUGUAAUGUGCCACCCAUGGGAGGAGUUGUGUGAUGCAUGUUUGCUGUCAAGCAAAGAAUAGCUUCAUCUAGAGCCAAACUGACCGCAUCAACAUUUGUUGCUUCCAAUGAGUGAAAACUGUAAAAAUCUCUGACUGGAACCAUGAGGCCUGUCAAAUAAAUUUGAAGUGUGUCACAGCCUCCUUUGUGUAUGAAUAUCCUCAUACACACCUCUCAUCCAUGGAGUAAAGACAGAUCUGUUGCCCCCUAGUAACAAGUGUAUGAGUUAAUGUGUGAGUGUGUGCAUGGGAGUGAGGGAGAGUGUGUGUGUGCCAACAAUUGUGUGCCAUGCUGGCAUGUAGCUCAUAGAGACAGGUGGCUGUAAAGGAGGUGGCAGAGAAUGAAAGAGAGGCACAGUAUUUCUACUGGAUGAUAGAUGGAAAAGCCUGAGAGAUGGAGACAAACACCGCAUUCAUGAGGAGGACUUCUGGCUCCCGAAUUUUAAAGUUUGAUUCUUUCCACUUUCAGCAAAGAAUGAAGUCAGAUUUUUUAGAUUAUCAGCCAUUCGUCUAUCAUCAGUUGGAGUUAAAAAUAUCUCAAAAAAUUGUAUUCCUAUUCUGCAUUUUCUGGGGUUUAUCAUUUUUUAAAAACUGUAGAUAAAUGAAGGGAGAGGGACAGGAGAUAGGAGUAGCGUGCAACAAGGCUACCUCUACAAUGGAUAUAUAGUAGGAACUACACUGUGAGACAAGUUGUUUCCCUGAGUCAGACCAGGACAGGUUCUAAAAGGUAAUGGCACAUAUUUUAGAAAAAACAUUAGGACACCUAACAGUCCAAAAAAAUUGCUUGCUGCCAGCCCUGCCGUCACCAUAAAUUAUGGCUCUGAGUAAAAGAAAUUCUGUAAACCUCCCCCAUAAAAAAAUGCAGUGAAUCAUCAUGACUGAAAAGCAAAAAAAAAAAAAACAACAUUUGAAAGGUGGCUACACUACAUAACACCCACUUAAUAGCUGUGUUUAUUGUUAAAAUGUCAAUAUUGCAUUUACUGCUGUAAAUGAAGCGAUCUGUGCUUGUAAAUUUGUGGACAAAAAGACCCAAAAGUUUUCAUGAACAGUUGUGUCCUCUCAGCUGGAUUUAUCUAUGAGAAACUCGAUAUGUAAAGAUUGAAGGUUGUUUUAGUGAAAGGUGAUGCUGUUGUCCUUCUGUCUGCACAACUGUCUUGACUUUGUCCUCCACCUAAUUAUAUUCAUUGUAUUUGUCUCUACUUUAAUAACAAAGACAUAGGAGACUGUAGGGCUGGGCGAUAUGGGUAAAAGUUUAUCAUGAUAUAUUUUUUCAAAUCAGUCGAUAUCGACAUAUAUCACAAUAUAAAAAAGGAAAUUUAACAGUGCUUAUUGGUAGCAUGUCUUUUGCAAUACAAUAAGCUACUGCAUCUGUGAGGUCUUUGUGUCUCCUCGACAUUUUGUCGUAAGGUGUUGCGCUAGAGAAAGUGGACUGAAUGGUCGGCUGUUUCGGCUGCACAGGUGCCAUGGGCUCCUUGGGGUUUGUAACCUUUUGCAUUGUGCGUGCUCUGCCAUGUGGCGCUGCUUCAGGUGGUGAAAAAGAUUUGAGGUAUUCCGCGACUUUGUGAGAACAUGUACUCGACAUAGUGCAUAUAACUCUCCUUUAUGUCCGACCCCCCAAAAAAAAAAAAAGAAAAGCUCCACACCACCAACGUUUUCAUGCCAGUGUUGUCGACGUUGUCAUCAUCUGUUGAGCCUUUAUGUGCAUUUCUGCAGGGGUAGCACCCAUUUUCUUUUUAUCUCACCAACAGUGCUGUCAGCUUCACAUGUUAAAGUGCUAUGGUUGCAUGUAGCUGCAGCCUGCUACUACGCAGUUGUUUGCUGCUUGGUUCUAAUUCAGCACAUGAUUGGUUCAACACGAAGCGGACCCAGAGCAACUCCCCUUUUCAUUGGCUAUUCCUAAAGUCUACCAAAACAUGGCAGAAUGCCGACUAUUGAAAAGCAUAUUGACCAAGUAUUGUAUUGAUAUUGAGGGAAAUUAAUUUUCGAUAUAUACCGUUAUCUUUUUAUGCCCCAGCCCUAGGAGAUGGAUUCAGAGUAGAAAGCUGAGAAUUAAGGUAGAAUGACAACAAAAGUGAUGGGGUUUAUCAAACCAGACAGAGAUAUUAUCAAGCACACAUAUUUGAAGGAUGCAUUUUUAAAGCUAUACUUUUUGUUGGUGUUUUUAAUAUGUCUAUUAUAAUUUGGCAUGUAACUGGAUAUCAUAUUUCCUCUCAAAGUGUCAGAUGAUUUUUAUCCCCUAUUUGCAAAUGUCUUGCAAACCUAUCUUGGUGUGAGCUGUCUUCAUUUCUGUAUGUGUGCCUUUUACAGUAAAUAAAGGCUAUAUCCUCUUCUUGAACAGCCACAAUCACGGGUUUGUCAACAUGCCUGUUACUGUGUGUUGCCACAUAUAGGAGCACCGAGCAGUGCAAAAUGACAUUAUGUAAAGGGUAAGCAUAAGGCCUUGUUCCUCCACAAUAGCAGCUCUACUGGGUUAAUGUGUGUUUCUGCAGACUAUGCUUGACCCAGUUAGAAUAAUGCUUACACAUGACAACCGUCCUGGACUGGAGCUCCUUAUUCCUCAGCCCACAGCAGCCUGAGCAGGUUCAUUUAAAAGCAGGUUCACUUGCAUGCUUUUGAUCUACUGCAAGAUAAAAGUGAUGGAGUCAGGUUGGAUAAAAAAAAUCCUAAAUGUAUAUGGUCAAAUGGGUUUUUUAUUUAAAAAUGCAAAGUUGUUUUAAAUAACACCAAAGACAUUGCUAUGUAAGGGCUGCUAAAUAUAUUUAGGUUCCACUUUUCGACAGAGUCUAAAAUGUGCAUCAUUAUCCUUUAUGUUAAAUUUCAAAAAGGUUACAAACCAAAGUUUCCGAAGAUUACUAAUUUGUUACAGUGUGUCAGAGUUUGUCCCAAGCAUGUAGAAAUGGUGUUUUCUGGAGUAGUAUUUUGCCUUUUUCAAGACAGUCAAUUUACUUACGAAUCAAUAACAAGGAUCAACACAGGUUUCACAUAUAUCUCCAGAAAAGCAAUAAAGUUUGGGGAUGUUUCCUAACCUGGUGGUUCUUAAACCUCUUAAGGUCAAGAACCCUUAAAUCUACAGAGACGUCAGAGUUGUUGAUGUACAGUGAACAGUAAUAUAGUAAAUAAUAAAUUGCUAGGGUCCCGCUUAGACCUAGGACACCACUUUAAGAACCACUUCUCAAGACAUUUGAUGGACAUCAGUUACAGAGGAAAGCAGCUGAGUCUAUUUAUUUAUUUAUUUUGCUCCCAGUAGGGACAGAGCUGUAACCGUAUUAGGCUGUCUCUCUUUUCUCUGUCUGACCCAUAUUUGUGAGUACGAUAUCUCAGAAAUGCCUGAGGGGUGUAUCUUAAAAUUUGGCACAGAUAUCAACGUGAACUCAAGAAUGAACUGAUUGGACCUCAGGAUCAAAGGCCGGGGUUUCAUGAAACCAGAGGUCAGUGUUGAUAUAAUUUAUUAAAGGAUGGAGUCCAGGAUAAGGAUCAAGACCUGAAAGCCAAUGAGCAUGUUAAUGACGAAACUAUGACUCAAGUAUUUUUAAGGUCGUUAUAUCAUGGGUGGAGACACAAAAAUGUCUAAAAGUAUAUGUAUAUGAAGCUAAAAUUUUGACACGAGGUCAACUGCACCAUAACAGCAUAAUUUCUGCAUUUGACUGUGAAUUUGUGUGUUCUGUUCGGACCUCUCAUUUGAACUACAUUGAUUAUUAGAUCAUCUGUGCUGCCAGGUUGAAGUUGUGUGAAACAUUCAGAGACUUUAACUUGUUUGCUGUAACAUCUUUAUUUUAAGCAUCAUCUACUGUCAUGGUGUUUUCAAAAUUAGCUUUUUUGGUCAAAUAGACUCACAGAAAGAAUCUGCGUCCUCUUGGCUCUCACAAAUGUGUUAUUACCAGCCAGGAACUCACAAGAAUCAAAACACUGAACAAAGAAUAUUGUAGAAAAUGAGAGUUGCUGUUUUGCCAAUGUAAAUCAGGGUUGUGACUUUGUAAGUCAUCUAUGUUUUGCUCUUCAAUAGUUUUUUUGUCUUGGAAAAAAAUCUUAUAAACACACACACACACACACACACACACACACACACACACACACACACACACACACACACACACACACAAACACACACACACACACAUGCAAUAAUGAGAGGUGUGCGCCCUGUUUGUCUUUUUUUUCUGUGACAGGAGCCUGUUUCAAAGGUAGAAAAUGAGGCGAGUGAGGGGAUGGGCCGAGUGGACGAAGGAGUAGAGGAGUUCUUCACCAAGAAAAUCAUCCCUGACUAUGCACUGUGAGUUGCAUUUGCACAUGCACACUCAUGCAUACACACACUUAUGCCUUGUGCAGAUAGUGAGACACAAAAAACAAAGGAUGUCUCGUCUGGAAAAAGGAAAUAGAGCAAGGGUAGAAACACAGGCUGAUCUACAGGAAGAAUGGGCACUUACAAGUGUGAACAACCAGGCUGAUACUUACAUAGUAUGAAACUUGACUUUUGUCUGCCUUCUCACCUCCUGUCCUAACCUAGCAUCACAGUUCUGUGUGACUGUAGGAGCCAGUCAAAGGAGAGCAUCGAUCACACUGUUCAUUUUAAAUAUGAAAAACAAGGCAGCUCUAAAGUAAUUGUUCUUUGCAAAACCAGCAGCUUUUGUAUUAACUACCUUUAUAUUUCUUUCUUUUUUUUUAACAUUAAAAAUGACCUGAAUCACAUAGCAUUAAACUCACAAUCACUGAUUGAUUUAGAAAACACAAAAUGCUUACAAGCUUAUCCGACAGAAUAAAAGUGAUUAAUAGAGCAAACAAUGGAAAUAUUUUUGUAGUUUUAUUGAGCAGAACUCUCAGAUGGACAAAUAAUUCGUAGCUGAAACAGUUACUUGUAUUUGGUGUCUUUUGCUGAGAAAUCCACCUCAGUCCCCCCCACCCACUACUUGCUAAUCUAAACCCGGUUAACACACUAACACUUACAGGCUUGGCAGGAGUAUUGCGCUGAAUUGAUGUAAGAGCCGGCAGCUAUCACUGAAACAGCUUGAAAUCCUGAUGAAAAAAGUUUAUACCAACUUCAUAUAUUUUGUAUGAAAGUGACUCUUCGUUCAAAAUUGGAAAUAUUAACUAUCAGCUGUCACUUGUGAGUAGACAGAAAAAAAACAGGCCAAACCUCACCUGAUAAAUGCCGGAAUAUGAAUGUGUUACCAAACAAAAAAAAAAAUUCAGCCCUAUAUUCGUCUGUGUGUUAACUGCAUGAUAAAUGUUUAGUAGUGUUUGACAAGCCCUAAGCCCCAUCAGUUUUACACCACAUCAAUUCGUAUCCCUCCUUUGACCUUUUUUUCUCGGCCUACCUUCAUUUUUUAAUUAGUGAAUCAAACACAAAAUGUCUGAGUUAACUGCAUUCAGAAUACAAGCUUGGCUAACUAUAUGUUGGCUAGUUUCUUGUUAGUAGUGCAUUGUUUUGAGGAAUCAGUUCAUUUGAUUUUAUUUUCAGUCACUCUUACACGUGUGAGGUAUGACUAGAAGCAGUUCACUUAAUGUGUGACAAUAUAAUCUGAUUUCAAAGCAGUAUUCAUUACCUUUCCACUCUUAUUGGUUGAAUCAUAUAACACCAGAUGGUUGGAUAAGAAAGGGAUAAUGUCACCAUGUUGGCUUUCUAAUCUGCAAAGCUACCCACUCACUAUACAUCAUCCCUCUAUUACCCAGUGAUCAACUAAAGACAUAAACAAGUUGCCACAAUAUAUUGACAGACAGAUGCUUUACUUGGAUGGCUUACAAGAAAUAGUUUUUCCGGUUUCAGGGUUGGUAAAUUACCAGCCCUAACCCUAACCCUAACCCUUGAUAAAUGUUUCACUUUACAGUUAAAUAAAAAAAUAUCUUAAUUAUCUGUCAUGAAUGACAUUAAACUAACUAUUUCUAUCUAAGGGAGGAUUUGAUAAGGUUAGGUUAAGGUCAAAAAGGGACUUGUGCAAGAAUGUUCAGAGCACACUCUAGACAUAAACUCUCCUCAGGUGUAUGAACAACACAACACAGACUGAAAACAAUAGCACACUUGAUGUCCUUUAUCUUAUUUAACCAGGGCAUAGAGACAUACAGUCUAGAAGUAGACAUAUUUCAGCCACAGGCCUUAGUGCAAGGCAGUGCUUUUUAGUGCUUUGCAACUGGCACACCUUUAAAACACGAAUGAUGCAAUUGUCACAACUUUAACACGGUGUCUAUUGUCACUACCACUUAUGGUUUAAUUGUCCCUAUUGGCAAUUUAGGAAUGCACUUACUGCUUCUGUGCCUGGAUUGCAGGACUGAGCUCCACCUCUCAGAAGUUAGUUUAAAAGUGUCUUCACCAUGAAUCCCAUCAAUCUCUAGAAGGCUAAAUUAUAGCGGAUGAUUACAGAAACUCCAGCAUUGAUGACUCACUCACUGAAGUUGAAGUGUUUAAACACUUUGGAGAGCUGAAUGAGCUCAACAAAGAUCAGAGACAUCUGCUUUAAGAGAAGUGGUUGUCUUGUAUGCAGAGUUAAGCAGGGAUUACAGGUCAGCCUCGAUAUAAUGCCUUAUUUAACAUUAUUUUAUCGGGUUUUAGCUUUUGGUUUUUGAGAUAAUUGUUGGUUGUGCUGAAACUCCGACCCGACAAUAAUCUCAGGUAAAAAAUCAAGGGGUUACAGAAUCAUUAGGGGAAGAUGAACACUGGGGCAUUUUUCAUGAUGAGCUGGCUAACAGCUGUGUUGACAUUAGAGGUCUUCGGGAAUUGAUGGGCCUAAACUAUAAUGGACCUUCAGAGCUCAUUCCAAUAUCUGAUUGGACUGAUUGUAUUAGGAAAAUAUAAAUGCCUGAACCCACUUUGUCCCAGACAGACUCGACAAAGUGCAUGUCUGAGAGCUCAACUCCUUCUCAAAGGUUUCUCCACUUUAAUGAAGUGAUGUCUGUGAGCUAGUUCAGGCAUGCAAUUCAAGCUGCACUGUUACACUAUUGAAAGGCAUCAUCCUGCACAAUCACUUGACAUGUGUAUCCUCUAAAUUUGACAGUCUAUUCAGGGAGCAAGACACUCAGGCUCUCUUUCUCUGCUCUGUAAUUGCCUGUGCCACUCCAAGUUUCUGCCCGUGCAUCCACCAGCAGGCUUUGAUCUGACUGCACCUCAAAUCUCUGCAGGUAAAAUAAGCCUGAAUGGAGUGAUGAGGUCAAGUUGAGGUUGGAGCCUGAACAGCAAACACAAAAGUAUUCUGCUUCUGCAAAAAACAUUUUGAACUUGGACAAACAUGAGUGGCUUGACUGAAUUUUUAGUCUUGUAACUUGAUUCGUAGUUAGACCUUGAAUACACUGUCAAAGAACAAGAUCAGUCUCGACCGGGUUUUGACCUGUCAAGACUCCUGAAGGGCCUUGGUAAACCUAAAGAGACCACAACCAUUUCAACGAUGGGAUUGUUCAAGCAUAUUUUUAUAGAAGUUUAGCCACAAGUAAGUUUUUUAGGUAUUUGUUGGGCAAAACCUUUGACCUGACAUGAUGCAACAAGAAACAUAGGAGUUAAAGGACUAUUGAUACAGAUUUCUGUUUUCAUGUUGAUCCUGCCAGUUUCUCAUCGAGCUAUCUUACUUUGACUCAGAGUGUUAAGCAGAUCAGUACCAUGCUGGCUCCCAGACAAGUAUGAAAUAGUUACUACGCACAGAUAUUUUCCCUUUUUGUGUUGUUUGCAUGAUCUUUUGCGUUGUCUACCUAAACUGAGCAUGUGUCUUGAGUCCUGUAGUGGUAGUCGUAGUACUGAGUGUCUCUUCUUGUGUGUUGCUCUUUCUGCUGUUUUCUCGCUGCAGAAAAGGCCGGUGGGAGGAGUCAUACCCUGCCCAAGCCACUCCCUCAGAGUCAAGCUCCACCCCCUCAGCCUCAACCCCUUUUUCUUCUUCGUCUGACAAUAUCACCUCCUCUACCACCACCACCACCACCACCACCACCACCACUGUCACCUCCCCCUCUGUACCAUCUACUGACACAUCCUCUACACCCACUGAUGUACCACCCCUCUCUUCAUCCUCCCCCACUCCCCCUGCCCCUCCCUCUGUCACCACCACCACCACCACCACCACCAACCCUACACUUCCCACCAAAAACAUCAAGAAAAAGUUUGGCGACUUCUUCGCCUUCAAGAGGGCUCGAGCUGGCCGAUCAGCCAAGGCAGGAGGGGGAGAGGGAGGAGGAGAGGGGGUGAAGGUCAAAAGGACCUCCAUCGCAGACCUCAUCCGACCCCUCCGAGAGGCCAAAGAAAGGGAGAGAGAGAGGGAGAGAGAGAAGGGGAGAGGGGCAAGGUCAGUGGAGGAUGCUAACGUUUCUAAUGAUGCCGCCAUCACAGAAGGAACCGCUGCCGUCGGCGAACGUCUUGCAAGCAACGUGAUGGUAGCGAUGGCACCUGCCAAGACUUUACCUGUGACGACGCCUCCCAGUGAGAUCGCUCCCUCUUACCCUGCCACCACCACAAGCCCUGACCUUACCAACCUAGAGGAGGAGGCAGCUCCUGUCUCGCCAGAUCAAACCCCCAGUCCUGUGGUCACCCCUCCUCUGACGGAGCAGGAUAUGAAGUUUGGAGGGACUCCGUUUGGAGAGAGGAGACUGAAGGUGACCAAGAGAUCUCUGAGGGAGGGGAAGAGCCAGAGUCUCAUUCUGCUGACAGGACUCGAGCCUGAAGACAAGGAAGAAGCACACAAGGUAAGUCUGGCAACACACUGACCACAAAAACAAAUCACAAAAUCUUUAUCUCAUCAAGAGAAGCUGCUCCUGGAUGAAGAAGAAAACAUCAGUCAUGGACUAACUUUUGCACACUGCUGAGAAUAUGACCUUUAGCCAGAAACAGACCUAUUUUUAUCACAUAAGAUCUUCUAAGGCAGGGUCUCCCUAUAUUCUCCUUUUUGUGCAGACUUAGUGGAUUUAGCUAUGAGGACUUAACAUAAAUCACAGGAUCACUUAUUUGUGUUGUAAUUCUAAAGUAUCCAUCAUGCCUGCAGCAGAGAAAAUUUCUGUGCCACGCAGUCCAAAAACAAGUUAACUAAGAUUUGCAACUUGCGUGUCUUUGAUAUUGAGGAUACUAAAGUUUAAUCCUUGCCACCAUGUGAUAAUAUCCAAUAAUCCAUCAAGCAACAUCUUCCAGUUCUCUUUUGUAAAUGUACUGUUAUGCCCCAGUCUAGGGGUGCCUAGGACACAACAUGAUAAGGCCUCAUCUUCCCCAAGUCCCAAGUAGCCACAUACAAGAGAUUUGUUUCAAUAUAAAGAAAAUGAUUUAUUUACAAAAAUAAGUAAAUGAACAUAUAAAUAUAGAAAAGUAACUAAGGCUGAGUUGUUAGGCUUCAGGGUGGACUAAGGCCAAAAUAACAACCAAAAUGAUCCUGUCUAUGGAGUAAGUAACUAACCUAACCAAACAAAGGAAACGAAUGACAAAAGGCUUACCUCCCUAACUAAAUAAACAGGAGAAAACAAGGUUAACAAAACUGGCAGCCCACCCUUACUACUCAACAGAAUCCACUACAAAAUACACAAGGGUUUAAACACAGCAAAACAGUGUGGCCAGUUGGGAGAGGAGGAAGAUGAGGAAUGCCUGCAGCCACCGGUGGCCGCCAUCUUGGCUCCUCAUAUAGCAGGUGGUUGUCAGUUUCAGCCAAUCGCUGUCCAGGACGUAGAGCCAAUCCACCAAUGACCGCGCGGCUGUGGCACACACCUAUUUGCAUAUGAAAUUGACACUACAAAAAAACACAGGGCACACACACAGCAGACAGACUAAAAAAUGUGACCACAGUCAUAACAGUACAGGGUCUGAUUUUUUGAAGAGUGCUCAGUAUGUUCUGUGUGUACAUGUCCACAGCGAAAAGACAGAUGUUACAGCAGCCUUUGCCUUGUCUAUUUAAAAAAAAUCAAUGGGCCAGGUGCUGACACACCUGCUGCUUCUGUCACAGUGCCUUUUCAAGGAUAAUGAUACUGGAGCUGGUGUGAUUCAUGGGCUGUGAUAAUCAUGUGAUAGAUAUUAGAAAAUAUAUAAAUAAUUGUAACAGCAUUGUGAAUUUUAGAGUGCUUGGCAAUGGCAGACUAUAAAAACUCACUAGUGUCUGUUUUCCACUCUUCAUGCAUCACUCUUUAAUCAACAAGUACUGACAGAAUAGAUGUGAUUGCUUGAGAAAUAGAAAUCACAGAUUUACAAAUUUUGAAAGCUGUGUAAACCGUUUUACCGAUGUAUUUUUUACAGUGAGUGUAGCUGCUGCAACGUGUUAAAACUUACUGAAGACUGUAUUCAAAGGCUGACCUGAGAACUGAAAAGGUUAAUAGUUGAAUCAUGAGAUGAAGACUGGUAACAUGAUAAAACUGAUUGAAACAACUGAAUCUUUCAGCAGCUGCUUAAAUCUUUUCUUCAAACACACCGAGUGUUUAACCAGCUUGAUAGUUUUCUGCUGCUUUAAUAUUCAUAUUUUCUGCUCCAAAUGUUUAUCUACCAACUUCUAGAAACAUGCAUCUGAGAGUACUCCCAGUUUUGAGCAGAGACUUCAGGUGAUGCUGCACAGAAUGGGUGUGGUCAAAACUUCCCCUGCUGACACCAACGCAAGCCAGGUAAUAGAUGGAUGCAUUUUCUGUUUUCUGUUCAUUUUCACAUCACAUUGAUUGUUUUCUAAUGUAUGAAUAGUCACUGUUUAUAUGUUUGUGUCUGUAUAUCAAUCAUGUUAAGUUGCGGGGGUUGUAGAGGAGACAAAUACACCAAGAAUUAUUCUGCUUCAUUAAUACUUGGGCUCUUUGUUUGGUUCUAUAGAACCACAUCAGCUGUAGAACCACAUCAGCUGGUUCUACCCAUGAAUGUUUGUAUGCUAACGAAUCAUUACUCUGCCAUCAUUGUUUCAAGUUUUUUAAAAAGAGAAAACAAGUCAUGGACCCUUGAGUGAACACAAUCUAAAGUUACAAUGAAACAAAAGAAAAGAGUAAUUGUUUUGUCCACGAGGGAGGCAAAAAGCCACACAUACUACGAUAUGUGUUUCAUGUUUUGAUAUUUUCUUUAUUUACUCGACAUAAAGAAAAGCUGUGAGCAGACAAACACUUGGAUUAUGGGUCCACACACAAAAACAACUGUUCAUCCGGAUUUUUUUAUUCAAUAUUUUCUAAUACUCUCCUUUGUGUCUGUUUUAGAACAAAGAUGAAGAGCUGAGAAAGGCAAACUCAGAGGGUAUGUGUGUAUGUCUCAAUCAAAUCCAACCUAAUCGUUCUGUUAGCUUGGAUUUUAUUUAUUCAAGUUUUUUCAUAUCAAAGUCAGUUUAUGUCUCCUUUUGAAUUUCAACUUUCAACACUUCUGACUUUGUCAUAAUGAGAUCUUCUUUGCAAACUUAACUAGUUCUUAAAUCCUUAAAAAGAUCGGAUUUGUUGAAGUUUCCAAAAAGUAUAAAGAAGUGAUGUGAAAAUUAAAGUUCAAUCAGGUUUAAAUGUGCAGUCAACACCAAAUACAUGUUGUGUUGGCUGGAAGUGAUUAAAGCAUGACCGAAUCUGAGUCUGUAAGCACAAAAUGAAUAAUGAAUAAGCUCUCUUCUGGCUUUCUCUGCCGUGUUGCAAAAAUACAGUCCCACACAGACAUAAAAGUGAUUUCAGAUGUGCCAGCUGGUGCGUAAAUACUAAAACAUAUUUAGGAACUAAUUUGUGUCUGAUAGAUGUGGGAUUUUGAAAGUUUUAUGAGACUAAACCAGACCUGUAAAAACAAAUUUAAUAUCUUUACAUAUUUACAGAUGCAGUUUGAGUUCAAUCAGUUUGAAGUCCUGUUGGUUUUCAAAGUCUAUGUUCAUUCUCAGCAACUGGAUUUCAGACCUAAACCAGACUUUUUUCACGCAGUUACAGCUGUGCUUCCUUAAAACAGUUUUUAGGGCGACUAAUUACAGUUCUCUGACUUAAUUAGAAAGGCUACAGUAGAGCUCAGUGCUCAGAUUUCAUUAAUUACUUGUACAACCAGGAUCCCUCAGCUGUAAAACUCUCUGCUGUUUCUGUCCCUUAGGUGCUAUCCUGGAAAAACCUGUACCACCUCCUACCUACAUGAAGCCCAGAACAAUGUCUACAUCAUCAGGUAUCGGAGUUAUUAUUUUGGGACAAUAAUAAUAACAUUACGCCCGUGACAUUGAGGUUCUUUGUUCAUGCUUGUGUCGUGUCAGGCAGGAGCCUUUCUCUCUGUAUAUGUGGAUUCUCUCUAGCUUCCUCCCACUGUCCGAUCAUUGAAUGAGAUGAAUUCGUAAAUCUAAAUUUAGAUGUGUGUGUGUUUUAAUGCCCUGUGCUUGUUUAGCAACCUGUCCCGGGUCUCACCUGCCUGGUGAUGCAAAAGAUAACCGAAUGAGUGGAUUAGAUAAUAAAUGGAUGGCUGCUUCUGUCGAGAGAGUGUUACAGUUUGAUACUUUUUCAUCCUCUGCGCCAACAAGCCCUACUGUUGUUAUUAAGAUAUCAGGGGUCUCCCUGUUCACUGUUGCAUUAGGUGCUAUGAUCCGUAAUGAGUUCCACACACACACACAACACAAGCUUAUUUGAAUUUGUUCACACAUCCAAAUAAAGGAGCGGCUGUGGCUCAGCAGGAGAGUCAGAUGUCUCUUAAUCAGAAGGACGGGGGUUCAAUCCCAGGUCCCACUGUCAACUUGAUGAAAUGUCUUUGGGCGAGACAUUUGACCUCAAACUGCCCCCGCCGGCUGCCCCUGCUGGCUGCCUCAGCAGAGCAUGAAUGGAGUUAAUCGAUACUGAUGGGUGCUGUACAUAGCAGCCUGUGCCAUCAGUGUGUGAGUGUGGUGUGAAUGAAUGACUGUGACAUGUGAUGUAAAGAGCUCUGAAGUAUCAAGAAGACCAGAGAUAGCACUAAAUAAACAUUAAACUUCUAUUUUUCACCUGCACAUACACCUAAGACUCACACAUGGAUCACAUGUGGACCUCUACCUUAGAAAAGAUUCCACAACCAUUCCAGUAUUCAACAUCACGCUUAUUUUGUUUAUGCCACAUUAAAGACGUUCAUAAAGUAUUUACUUUGUUCUCAGCAUACAUUAUGCAUAUUUCGAGAACAUAUCUGGAACAUAUAAAAACUGCAUGCAUCUGUUGUACAUUCUGUGUGUUUUCUCUGCCUCUCAGUCAAUGUGAUGACUGAUUUGAGGAUGAUUGUAGCUCUGAAAUGCUAAAAAAUUAACUCAAACUUUUUUUUUUAGCAUACUUCAAACUGUAACAAGAAGCACUAGGACACCCUGGUGUUUCUUUCUCAUGCAGAAUUUUUUAAAUCGUACCAAUAUGUAAACACUGUCUCUGUCAUUCUCUGUUUCUAGCAGACCCCAGGUAUCCAAUAAGAGUACUGGAACCUACACGACCAGACCCUCCCAUUCCUCCGAAGCCCGCCCUUCCCGAGCGCCCCAUUGGCCCCCUGCCACCCAAACCUGCCGUUGCAGCCAAGCCACCCCUCCCUACCCCAAGUGCUCCGUCCUCGGCUCCUCCGUCCAGCAGCUCAGCAGAGAGAGUUCAGCUCAGAGCGCACAGUCAUGAAGGCAGGCUGACAGAGACUACUACACAGGUAACACAUGCCCUAGUAGAAGAAGUAUUCACUGCAAAAAUCACUGUAUGUACAGUGUAUAUAUGUAUAUGUAUAUACAGUAUAUAUAUGUGUGUGUGUGCGUGUGUAUGUGUGUGUGUGUGUGUGUGUGUGUGUGUGUGUGUGUGUGUGUGUGUGUGUGUGUGUACUUUUUGUUUUUGUGGCUAAUUAUAGUAAAUGUUAAUUAAUCCAGGAUUUAAGCAGAUCUCACAGAAGAAGAAGAAAAAGUACCUUAGAUAAAAGAACUUUAUUCUUUUUAUUCUAUUGUUGUGAUGAUCAGCUGAUUUAUUAGCAAAGAGCUCAGAGUUAAAACUGGUGUUGUUUUUUAAGAGAAAAAAAAUCACAUCAUAUAUACGACACAUCAGCUUUGUGCCUGCUUUGGCUGGCAUUGCAGUUUUAUAUAGGCUAGAAAAACUGCAGCAUUUUUUUUUUAUGAAGCUUGAUGUUGCUUCAACAUGAUAUUGUAUAUUGAGUGAUCUGCCAAUUCCCAACCCUAUUAGAGACCCUUAGCGUUAUCCUAAGUUUAAAAAACGAACUGUUUGUAUUUUUCAAUGGUCACCAGUUUUUGAGGAGGCUCUCAGUUCUUUACUUCCCAGAAAAAAAAACAAUACCUUGUCAGGCUCAAAUGAACUAAAGGCGUGUCUUUGAUCAAUGGAGAUGCAGCCAUUGUUUAGAUAGAUUAAUAAAUUAGAAAUGUAUGAUUUUGUGUGUCGAGAACCGCACUUGGAUAAGUUCUUAUUCAAUGCAGUGUAUCACAUGAGCUUACCUGUGUGUGUGUGUGUUUGCGUGCGUGCGUGUGUGUGUGAUUAAUGCUGUAUAAAAAUAGAGCACAGCCUGAGUAUGCAAUUCCAAAGCACUAGACCACAGAGUCCUCUGUUGCACUGCAAAGCACUGCUUUGAUCGAGUUGUUUUUUGUACUUUUUAUUCAUUUAUUUAUUUAUUUAUUUUUCAUGAGUUAAACUUUGACAAGAAAGUUCAUUUCCCUUUCAGUGAGUAUAACCGCUGCCUCAGAGUCAUGAGCUUUUGUGCGGAGAGAUGGAAAUAACAACAUUUACUUGGUUAAAAGUACUCAUGUAAACUUACAGUAUGUGUUGUCUCCCCAGUGAUAGAAAGGUUGAAUCAAACAUGGGGGUAAAGUAGCGGGUUAGACUCCUCUCCUUGGCUUUGUUGAGCCUUUAGAGCCUUCACCUAUCAGAUACUUAUCUCAGUCCUUCCAUCACAUCCUUCACUGAGCUCUCUCUGAUCUUUUUCACUAGAAUGGAAGUCAGGAGGGUCCCCAGGGUCCAGCCCCAGCCCUGUCUCCCAGGAAAGAGCUGCUUCCUCCAGCCACAUCUCCAUGGAGGGGUCCCAGUGCACAGGAUCGCUCUGAGAAAGCACAAUCAGUGACAGACGGUACGCCUGACUGACCUCUUUUUCACACAAAAUGCCUCUUGAAAAUUAGAGUGAAGCUAAGAGGAGGUGAUCUGUUAUAGAAAAUAAGCUCUCCUAAGAGAUCAGGGGAGUUGUUGUGCUGUCACUGAGGUGUGUUUAUAAGGGGAGGAUCUGUCAAAGAAACAACCAGCUGCAGGCUCAGUGUACAUCCGAGAGCUCAUUAUGAUCUGAACUCACUGUACACCUGCAUGAGUUCAGGUGAGAAAUGCUGUAAAAGCACUAAUACAAACACAAUCCUUUGCAGAGAGACACAUUGAGUAAGUUUGUCUUUCAACAUACCUACAUAUCAAAUUACUUUGUCGGAAAUUAUUACUCUGCAGUGACCUCCUUUUUUUCCAUUUGUCUACCUCGGUCAGCCUCUUCAGUUCUGGUGAUUUCAGAUUUAGUGCAAAUGAAAUGAAAAAUGUUCAUCUUUUGAUUCGUGUGUUUCUGUAUGUGUGUUUGCAAACUUUUAGAGAAUCUUCCCAAGCCACGUCAACACAUGAAGCCCCUCCCACAGCGUAGAGCUGUGUCUGUCCAUGAGGACACUUUGACCAUGACACAAGGUAAGAUGGAUUUAUUUGCGGUAUCACAAAGCACACACACACACAAAAAAAAAUUAAAUCCAGUACCCUGCUGAAUGUGGAAUUGCUCCAACAAAAGAACCAAAGAGAAGAAUAUCUUAAACAGUGUCCUUUGUUUUUUACCUACUUUGGUCUUUUUGAGAAAAAUGAGCAUGUCCAUAUGGUCGAGUGUCAGUCAGGGGCAUAAUAAAAAACACACUCUGAAGGUGCCGUUGAUGGUGCUAUGCUGAAACUUGCUAUUGAUCAGUGUUGUAUGAAGUACUCAACAAAUACACUUGAGUUGAAGUACAGUUACCUUAGCAGAAAAUGACUCAAGUCAAAGUGACAGUCUCCCGUGAGAAUUCUACUCAAAGUCUGUAAGUAUAUCACAUUCUCUCGACUUAAGUAUCAAAAGUACUUAAGUAAAUGUACUCCAAGUAAAAGUAAAAAGUCAAAGUACAAAUAAAAUAUUCUUAUUUUUUGCAGAAGUCACUUAUGCCCAAAUAAGCACACAUUUCAGGUGGUUGCAAGCAACAGCUUAGAAAAAUAAACAGACAAACACACAGAGGGGCACACACACAAACCAGCGAUCAGGAGAAACAAUAGUGGAUCCUCCAACAGUCAAAGAACUUAGGACAGAAGUUGGGCAUGACAAGAACUGUCAAAUAGACACUGGACAUUUAGGUGGGUACAAGCAACUGUGCAGCCUACAAGUGGCUGCAGACAUGCCUGGGCUUGAGUGACUGAUUGACGAUGAUCAAGCACAAUGCAAAUCAACAUGAGGUAAAAGGGAAAAAAGUUUUUUUCCCCUACCGGCUGUCAUAGCAACAGAGUAAAAAUAGUAGUAGUGAAGAUGCUUCUGUGAAAUGAAGUGGAGUAAAAGGAUACUUUUAUUUUUAGAAUUGUAGUCAAGUAAAAGUAAAAGUAGCAGGCGCAAAAAAAUCUCCAGUAAAGUACAGAUACUUCAAAAUUAUACUCAAGUACUGUACUUGAAGUGUUGCUCCUUACUUACUAUACAACACUGCUAUUGAUCACUUGAAACACGUUGUAAAUUUGACCACCUUCUAGCCUUUUCUUUGUUUACUGUUUUACUCACUGUUCAUUCUUAAAAAAAAAAUAAAAAGGUUCACCUGGGGACAGGUAUGGAAAAUUAGCAUUCACUAACAAGAUACUUGAAUGUUGGGAUAGCUGUUCUCAGUUUGUGUGUGUGUAUAUUAGGUCCAUCUCCGACAAAUAAACCAAUUAAACCAGAUAAAUGAACAUUCUCAUCUCCUAGACGGCCCUGACUGAACGACUUUGUAGAACUUUCCAAUAUGAUAGUUUUUUUCUGCCUGUUCUUGACCAGUUAGUUGUAAGACUGUUUAUCUCCCGCUUGCUGGAUACAUUCAAUGUGCCUUACACAUGAGACAGAUGGACUGAGGCUUUGCAGCAGAAACAGAACACCAGUAGUUGAUGUCCAUCAGAGAAAUCCUGGGCCUGAGCCAAGCCUGCAGGUCAUCAAACUGAGCACUGGUCUGCCUAAAAUAGCUGGAGGCUGCAGGAAAGACACAGUUACCGGAGGUGAAAUUAACCAAGCUGUAUGCAGCCAUCCAUGAAGUCACAAGCACAAAAAUGACAUUUUGGUUUCCAGACGUAUGAAAAAAGCAAAAAUUUGAUGAGUUAUGUUCGACUUGAGGUAAAAACACAGCUAAUAGAAUUUCUGGCAACAAAAGCUUUCCUACUUUAGUCUGAACACAGCCUCAGAUGACGUCCCGAUGCCUAAUAAGUCUAAAUGUUUCUUUUUCUCUGACUCCAUCCCUCUCAGAGCUGAAAGCAGUCUUACAGAGGUCACCCAUCCGUUUCCGGGGCAACAGGGGAGACUUGCCCACCUGCACUGAGGAUCCAUCAAGUGGAGAGGAAGCACAAAAAGCUAGAGACGAUGAGAGAGGUAUUUAUCUGUCAUGGUCAUAAUUCAACAUUUUACUUUUCUUGCUUUCUUGGCUGUAAAAUUGUACUUUCAUCUGUCCGUCUGCUCUUGUUCUGCCCAGCCAGUGACGCAGGGAAACAGGCAGCAGAAGAACAGAAGGAGGAUGUCCAAAAGGAUGCCGGGGCAGUAACUGAAACCAAGCAGCCCCCUCCUCCUGUAAAAGAGAGAUCGCCUAGCUCUGUGUGUCCCUCUUCUACAGCUCAGGCUCAACAUGAAGCAUCAAGUCGACUAUUUAGUCCAGCUGCAGCCCUUGACAAAGCUCCGCCAGUCCCAGAGAGGCCUCUAGCACAAACCCAAACCCUAGAAAAGCCUCCUGUGACCCCUACAUCUCAGAAAAAGAGCCCCUGCACAUCCCCUAUAUUUACCCAAACUCUAGAAAAACUCCUGGUGUCUCCACCGUCUCAAGAAAAGACCCCCAGCACAAGCCCAGCUGCAUCUAAACUCCCAGAAGUGAGUCCUCAAUCCCUCAAAGAGAAGAGCCCGGGCACAGUAGAUCUGAGAAAGAGCACACAAGAGAGCGGGGAGGCGGUCUCUAAAGAGCACAUAGUGAAGGCAGAGCCAGCAGACCAAAGAACUGAGCCCCCCCUGUCUGAAAAAAACACAGACUAA